CCCAAAGACUUUAAUUAGCAGCUUCCAGUGCCUUGGAUCAUAUGAGCCCUGCUCUAGAAGCUGGAAGACUGUCUCUGACUCUGCUGAUCUGCCUGAGAGCACCUUCGUGAACUCUGCCUACUGUGUAUACACUCUCCAUCCCUUUGCUGGGCACACACAGCUGGGAGAAUGUGGACUUUGAACUGCCAGAAGAUCAAAGCAACACCUUAUCUCAUCUGCUGAAAAUUAAAGCGAAAUAACACUUUCUCACAAAGAAAGUUUACACACAAAAAAAGAAAAAUUACAGCUUGACUUUGUAAGUUACUAUUUUAUAUUGUUCUUCAUACGUGCAUUGCUGUGAAUGCUACCUCGUUUUAAUAUAUCACACUAUGUCUAGAUAUGAAGAUAUAGCUUACUUUUCAUACCAUAAUGUCACUCUUUGAGUCAUUGCAGGAACUGAUAUAUGAAUACAGCCCCUGUGAGGUUUGCAGAGCUCUGCUAAUUUGUGUCAAUAUUGGUUUUCCAUCAAAAAGUGAGUAAGCCUCACAGAGCGAGGAUUUAUGUGUCUGUCAGUAACUGGAUGUCUCUGCUGGGGCAUUGCUCUGUGUAAUUAAGUGGGCAAAUAUGAGGCAGGCUAUUCAAACAGUUAAAAGUUACACGUUAUGCACAGUCCAUCGUUUAAUUCAUUGUAAAACAUAACUUGAAGUGUUUUCUAUGAAAAAACUCUUAAUUUGUAAUACUAUGUGAUAAAUAACUAUGGUAUUCCCAAAACGGCAAUAAAAUAUACUUAACUAGCUGCCCUACAUAAAUCAGAGCACACAAGGAAAUCGAGGGGGUAAACAGCAGCACACAGAUGUCUAAUCAUAGGACUGAUUGUUCUUUUUAUAACAGAUGAUAAAUAGGCACACUGACUUUAUUCAUUAACCUAUGUAAUCCACAUAGAAAUAACAUAGGUUUAUUCAUAUUAAUACGUCGUGAUGCAGGCAGCCCUGGAGUAAGCAAUUAAGGAGAAUGUUUGAACUACUGGGCUUGACUUAAUCCUCCUUUGAAUUCAGACAAUACAUAUUUUAAUUGUGAAUUGUGCUCCUAUUUACACGGCUGAAAAUCAGACCUUCUGUUUGACUCAUUUAGCGCCAAUGACAUAAACAGAAAUAUAGAUUUUCCUCUAUUUGGAGAGUGUGAUAUUAUGUCAGUUCUCUAAUCAAUAAACAUUUCGUUUUGCUAUAGCUGGCUAAACCUAAUUGGAGUUGAAGUUCACAACAGCCGUGGUGCCAGUGUGGUGCUCUCUGCUAUACUGGAAACACGGAGCUUGUUAAUGGUGAUUCUUAUAUUAGUUAACUAGCAGCUGAAGAGUAUAGUUCCAUAUAUAAAUUGACUGUAGAACAGACCUCUAUUUUCUCCGAAGCUUGCACUUUAUAUCUACUCAGAUGAUCAAAACGGCUCAUUUACUCUAGCUGAUUCCUGAAUGUCUUUUAUUUUAUUUGACACUAUUCUGUUUCGGAUUAAUCUUAAAAGCCCAUAUGUUGCAGUACAUUAUGCAAACCUGUAAAACGUGGUUUUAGGGGAGAAUACUGAUAUAAAGGCACAUUGCUACUGAGGCUUGUACUUGGCUCAUACAUUUCAAAGAAAUGAGAAAUGUAACGUUAGAGAUGGAGAGAACAUUUUGUUUUGAUUGAGACAUUCUAUACGGGUAAUACAUAAAGAGCGAAAUAGAAAAGUUCAAAUAGUGUGUCAAUCAACAUGGAUUUCAAUGGAAUUGUCCUACUGACCGCUACACUUCUAGAACUUAGAAUGUAUACAUUGACUCCAUUGCUUCCACCUGACUUGUAGGACAACAUAAGAUAAAAUACCACGUAAUGAUGACUAUUUGUGGCUGAAACAUAUCACAUAUACCUAGAAGGCAGUAGUGGCAUUUAAUCAUUUAGGAUUCAUCAACAUAUUUACAGGAAUUCCUAGACCAGUUGCUAAAUACUAAUUUUCAGCCCUCCGAUAUUUGGGGUAGUUAGAACAUUUUUACUAAUCCUGUUUUAGUUCACUGUUCAUGGUACUCCAGUCUCAUUUACUGAUAUUGUUCCCAGAAUUCCCCUCUAAAGUCAUAGCACAAUACAACAGACAGGAUCAAAAACUUAGUCUGUAUAAGAAAGCAUUGCAAACAAGGUAUGUGUUGAUAACACAUUACUCAUAGCAAAGAGAUCAUUUGGAAUAAUGCAUUUUAGACAGCUUGUGUCCAUUUUAGAUUGCAAAUUGUAAAUUGAUAUUCUCAUCUACUAGGCAACAAGCCAGCUAAGAUGGAUUGUGGUUGCAUUAAAACAGAGAGAAUGCUUGCCUUUGACCACCCUUUCUGUAGAUGAAAGUAUUGAAUAUAGUCUGUACCUCUACAUCUCUGCACCCAACUGUGGCCUCUGCUUUAUUAUUGCUGAAAGCUCUAGUGAAGAUAAAAUUGCUCACUAAAAUGGGAUUUUCCAGCACUGUUUUAGAUUAUGUCGAUUUUCCAGCAGUGUAGCACCUUACUCUAGUUUGUAAGCCUAGCCAUCUGCUCUAAACAUAUCCGAAAAUAUCUCCUGUAUGAAAUUAUAAACAAAUAGCGUGCAGCCAGCUGGUCCUUGAAUGGUUAAAACAAUACAUCACAUAUUAAAAUACUAAAGGAGGCCCACAGAACUACUCUCCCCUCCCCCCCCCACAAAAAAUAAAUAAAUAAGAUGCUUUGAUGUAGUCUCAAAGGAACACACUGAGCACCAUAAAAAACAUUGUGCUGUAAGGCUUGUGAUGCCACCAGUGCCCAGGCACCCUCCCAGGGUAUGUAGUCAAACCAUUUGCAAAUUGGGUCUGCCAGGUACCAAUCACCUAUUUCAGGAGAGCCAGAAGCAGUGCAGGGCUUAGCUGUUUUGUUUCGAGCACUCAGAUAAUGCCAUUAGUAAGACGUAGCUUAGUAUUGCUAACAGAAACUCUCCUGAAGACAGUUUAACUUGUAGCCCUGGGAGGGUGCCAAGACCACUGGUAUCAUAUACACUACAGCAUGCUGUGGUAAUUAUAGUGCUUGAAGUGUUCCUUUAAGUUAGGAAUCAAGUCCCCACCUUACACAUAGGUGGAAGGAGGUAAUGUUGUUUUUCAGUACUCAAUUGACUUGGCAAUGUAAGGUAAAUGGUAUUUUUUGCGUGAAUGUUCGUGACAGCAUUAGAAUGAGGAGUGAAGAGAAGGGAGUGUUUUGUAAACUUUCCCAGGACUUUGUCCCAGAACUCAGAUCUACUGUUCAAAAUGCACUUGUCCUUCAAAAAUGCCAGCUCUUAAUACAGCAUACAAUUUCAUCUACUGAAAUACAUUUUAAUAAACAAAUUGCUAGGGAAUUUUAUUUCUACAUCAAGAUUUUAGGUGUUAUCUUCUUGUCAACAGUGAACUGCUAGUAUAGUAGUUGCAAAGAGUGCAAUGCUAGUGCAUCUUCCACAAUGACUAUAGCUAUAUGCUAUCUACUGUGCUUUUCUGCAGCAUCAUUGCUACUCAAUCCCCAAAAAGUCACAGUGGGCAUCAGGAUUGGAUCCACGACUUGGAUUUCCAAUUAGGAAGAGAAGUCACCUGCCUACAGGCAUUUGUCCUGUAGGGACACCUAUUUAUAGCACCUAUAAUAUGCCUUUUUGUAGCAUAGAUGGGCUGGUUGGCAUAGAUAAGUACCAGGAGACUUGACACAGUAGUCCACCUCAGUCUACUAUGCUUGAGAGCAGAGCUGCAGAAGCAGUUAUAGAGGAACUUCUCACAGUUCCUCCAAUGUCUGUGCACGUGGCUGUAUAGGGAGUGAAAGGGAUGACUUCCCAUCUCAUCUUCCCUUGUUUUCAGAAGAAGCAGGGACAGCUUUGAGUGAUAUACACGGCUCAUGCAGCUCUACUAUAAAUCAUAUGAGGCUGAGUACUUAUAAAUUAAUAUCAAAGUGACAAAUAAAAACUCACAUUUAAAGGAGCCUUUUAAAGAGAUAAAGACUCCAAACAUGCUGACCUCUGUCCCCUUGAGGUGGCAGCAAUACCUCCUUUAAUUAUGGUGUAAUUAAACACUUGCAGAAGUUGAUAUAAAAUGUAAUACAAACAAGGAGAGCCAAAUGGUGCAAUAUUGUCUUGUUUAAAACCACUUAAAACAGGUGUCCCCAAAAAAUCCUGCUCAUCUUAGUUAUGAGCCCAUAAAUGGCUGUCUCCAAGUUUGCAGCCUCAUUGUCAAAUAUAGGGUGACAAUGCCCUCAUAGGAACUCAGGGUGCAGUUAUCAGGAAGGGAUCACUAGUAGGUAAUGAUAUCACCAAAGACGUAUUAUAAAUAAUGAAAAAGUAAUUAUUUAUUACUAGUAACAAUGAUAUCAAAUAAAUAUUAGCAAUAAUAAACACUGGAAUCCGUGUUUCAUCUGUCUUGAAGAAAGUCUAGUAGACUUUAACUCAACUCUAACCUUAAGCUCAAUAAUCCUAAACACCCACUGUACCCAAAUACUUCACCCCACUCUUACCCUAAAUCCAUUCAUUCUAAUCACCCCUUAUACCAUAACCUUACCCCUCUCAAGUUUUAAGCCAUUUUUCAACACUUUAACAAUAAAUGCCUUAUGUAAUCUCAAACAUUAACCUCUCUCUUACCUUAUAGGUAAACGCCACUGCCGAAAUAAAAUAAAUAGUAGCUAUAUCCUCUUCUAAUUCAGCUCUGACUUUCUGUGGAUGUCCAUUCACAAAUGUUGCAAUGCCAUAGAAGUCUUUGCAAGGCAGGCGCUCUGGGUUAAUGGACAAAAGUGCUAAUUUCUUUUAAAAUCUGCACUUUUUGUAAAAUGGAAAAAAGAGGAUACACUCUUCACACAUAAAUGCUUGGAGUGUCCACUUAAACCUCCCUUUACCCUAAUCACAUCUAACAUUUUCUUGAACAAUGCAUGCAUUUACACAGCUGCAUUCACCCAAAGAUUCAAAAUGUAUUUAAUACGCUCAGAAAUUUACACAUAUGCAGUUGUCAAAUUUGGAUAUAUGAAUCUUGGCACCACAGGCACCUGCCACGUAAAUCCAGCCCUGAUUGGCUACAUCUAUCCCGUUCCAUUCCAACUAUUAAAUUGUAAAUCCCAACUUACUCAAUAUGUGUGUGAGAGGUGUGAAAAUUCAAUUAAAUGUAGAAAUCCACACCUCUAUAUCCUGCAAAUGGGCAUCUCUGUAUUUUGUCUCUGUUAAUCCUUGUUAGUAGCUGUAUCAUUUGCACUUAGCAGUCAGCAUGGAGAAAGGACAAAUUAAACAAUGCUUUCUAUUUGCCCUCCUCAUUUGCAAUGUGUGUCCUGGCUGUUCCUAAACUGAACUGGGCUGUGGUGACAUUUCCAAAAUCUAAUAUAAAUUUCAAAAAAAGAUGAGUUAUUACAAGAAAAAAGUUAGAGGUGAGUUUCAGUGUUUUAACAAAGUAAUUUUCAAAGAAGCAAUGGUUCUUCGUCAAAUUACAUAGGCCAGAUGUGGUGGUAGUUGCUGUCCCAUCACAUUUUUAUGAUUAAAUAGAUACUUCCCUUUCUGGAGGAAAGCCAUCUGUAAUUUGUUUUUGUCAUUUGUAGAAUACUAUCUGUCUUUAAAGACAGUGCCAUGCCACUUCAGCUUGCUAUAAUAUAGUUGGCAAACUACAUCUGAUCGGUAGAGGAGAAAAUUUAUUUUUCAUAUAAAGUUUUUAUUUAUUUUUCUCUCUCCUUGCUUUCUCCCUCCUUCCUGUGAUAUGGGUGAAUGGUUCUGCUGGGUAACCUUGGGUCCUGACAUUUUUCCAGAUGUUACUUUUACAUGUACCAGCUACCUAGAGAUUGUUGCAGACCACAUACAACCUUUCAUGGAAAUUAGGUUUCCUGAUGGCCAUAGCCUAUUUCAGCAGGAUAAUGCACUCUGCCACAUUUCAAAAUUGUUCAGGAGUGGUUUGAGGAACAUAACAAAGAGUUCUCCGAAUUCGUCAGAUGCAAUUGAGCAUCUGUGGGAUGUACUGGAACAAAUCCUAUAAUCCAAAUCUGAUCCGAUGGAGUCCCCACUUCGCAAAAUGCAGGACUUAAAGGAUUUGCUCCUCAUGUUUUGGUGCCUGCUAUCACAGGACAUGUUCAAAGAUCUUUUGGAGUCCAUGCCUAAACACACCAGAGCUGUUUUGGUUGCACUAGGGGGACCUACAUGAUUUUAGGCAGGUGGUUUUAAUGUUGUGGCUGAUCAGUGUGUAUAUAUACUAUACGUGCAGGGCCGGCGCAUAUAGAGACGCUCUCUAUAGAGAGCCUCAGGCGGCUGUAGCUCUGCCCGGCCCGGCGCGUCCAUUAGGGUGCACCGGCCCGGGUUUGCAAGAUAUGAGGGAUCAGCAGGAGGGAAGUGCACAGCGCUCCCUCCUGCCAGUCCCUCAAUUUAGCGUGGCCGAGUUCCACUCCUGUCCGCGGUACAGGAGCACUUCCUCAGUGAGCACUUCCUGUCAGUCCGGCCGGGUACAGGAAAGAGAAGCUCCUGUACCGCGGACCGGACCGGAGCUUUGUCAUGCUACACAGGGUAGGGGAGAGGGGUGAGGAGAAUGGGGGGGAGACAAUGUAGGGAGAGGGGUGAGAGACCACUAUUGGAGGGAGGUGGGAGUGAAGAGAGACCACUAUUGGAGGGAGGGGUGGAGGAGAGACCACUAUUGGAGGGAGGGGUGGAGGAGAGACCACCAUGGGAGGGAGGGGUGGAGGAGAGACCAAUAUGGGAGGAAGAGGGUGGAGGAGAGACAACUAUGGGGGGGGUGAGGAGAGACCACAUGGAAGGGAGGAGGGGGUGGAGGAGAGACCACUAUGGGUGGGGGUGAGGAGAGACCACUAAGGGUGGGGGGAGAGGAGAGACCAUUAAGGGAGGCAUGGGGGUGGCGUAGAGACCACUAGGGGAGGGUGGUGAGGAGAGACCACUAAGGGUGGGGGAAGAGGAGAAACUACUAAGGGUGGGGGGAGAGGAGAGACCACUAAGGGACACUGGAGGAGAGACACUAAAGGGUAGGGGAGAGUUCUAAGAGACAGAAGGGAGAGCUCUAAAGGACGGGGUUAGCACCAAAGGAUGGAAGGGAGGGGGGGUAGGAGAGAGCUCUAAGGGAUGGGAGGGGAGAGCACUAAUGGACAGGAGGGGAGAGCUGUAAGGGAUUGGGGGCAGGGGAGAGCUCUCAGGAACAGUGGGGCAGGGGAGAUAAAUAAGGGACAGUGGGGCAGGAUACAGCAGUAAGGGACAGGAGGGGAGACCACUAAGGGAAAGGGGGCAGGGAGAUCACUAAGGGACAGGAAAGGAGAGCACUAAGGGACAGGAGGGGAGAGCUCUAAGGGACAAGAGGGGAGAGAGACUAAGGAAGGAGGGAAAGAGAAGCACAAAGGAGCUGGUUGAACACCAACCCCACAAACUCUCUAUUUCACACUACACACACACAAUGCAUCCCUAUACAUACACAGAAACACACCAUGCUUCCCUUACACACAGAGAAACACACAAUGCAUCCAUUACACACACACAAACACACACACACUGCAACCCUUUCAAACAAAGACAAUGCACCCCUUGCACACAUACACAGAAACACACAAUGCAUCCCUUACACACAUAGAAACACACACUGAAACACAAUGCAUAUUUUACACACACACUCAAUGCACCCCUUACACACACUCAAUGCACCCCUUACAGAAGCACACCUUGCAUCCCUUACACAUACAAACACAGAUUCACACAAUGCAUCCCUUACACACAUCCAGAAACACACAAUACAUCCCCUACACACAAAAACACAAUGCUUUCUAUCCCUUACACAAAAACACAUUACAUCCACUACACACACUCACUGCAUCACCUACACUGGUAUCCCUAUACACUACAUUCCAUAAGCACACACUUUAGAUCCUCUACAAUAACACAUAACACAUCCUCUACACACACCACUCCAUAGGUGGACUUAUGGGUGGGCCUUAUGGGCAUACUCACAGUCAGGCCCUGGGGCCCAGACCUUGAGCUGUGUAAAGGGCCUCAAAAAAUGGAGCUGCUUUCCGUUCUCCCAGAACAUUGAGUUUUGUGACCACAGUUACAAACAGCCUCCAGAGAUCCUGUUCUACACCAGACCAGUGGAGCCAGACUGCAGCCAGAGCCUAUCACCAUCCUCAUCUGGUUGUAAGUAGGCAAUCUAGUGUAUUAUUAGUGACACUAAUCUCUAAUUUACCUCACAUUAAAGGCCUGCAGGCUUUUUAAUGUAAACAUACACUGUGUGCAGCACUGGCAUUAGUUCAUAUGGCAGGUCAUAAGGCAUUGUGAUGUCACAUGGGGGAGAGGGGGCCGCAAAUUUUUCUUUUGCCUAGGGCGGCAAAAUUCCUUGCACCUGCCCUGUAUAUGUGCCACAAAAGUGUCUUUCCAAUGCUUUUUGUGAUAUGGGUGGUAUGUGACUGUAGUGCCAUAGAAAGAAGAGAUGUUGGUGGUAUGGGUGCAGAGAGGUUGAGAGAAUCAUGCUGUCUUUUUCUCAGUGAGUUUAAUUUACAUCUGGAUAAAAUGUGUUUUGUAUGGCUCAUUUAAACUCCAGUAUUGCUGUGGACAUUUAGGUCACACUAACUGUAUACAUAAACCUCCUGAAAUUCACAUUUUACAUUUAAAAUACAUGCUUGUUGCACUUUUCUUACUAAAAUCAAUGUAAUCCAAGUUAAAAACACAGACUUGUUGGCAUGUUUUACUCUAGCGGAGACUGCAAGGUUCCAUCUAUUCAAGUGGAAAGGUUGCCUAAAUGCCUGUUAUUUUAUAGGUAGAGGCAUAAAUAGAAGCCACGGGGACCCCCCAUACAUCUACCCUGCCCCCAUACAUCCCUUCCCCCCUACCUCCCCUGCUCUCCCAUUUGUCACAUUCACACACCCCAGCUCCUCUCUGUGUUUCAUUUAUGCCCCACAGGGUGAGUGUGGUAUGGUUGGGGGGGGAUGAGUAUGACAGAAUUAGAGGGGUUCAUGUGAUAGGGGGGGAGGGAGCGAGUGUGACAGAAUGAUGGAGAAUGAGUGUGACAGUGCUAGAGAAGGUGAGUGUGAUAGGUUAACAUGGCAGAUAGAUGGGAGGUGAGUAUAGCAUGGGUGAGUGAUAGGAUUGGGGGAGUUAUUGUGAGUGUGGCAGGAUGAAGGAGGUGACAGUGUGUGUGGUGGGGUGACAGUUGCACAGACACACAUGCAGAUAAACAAACACAUACUGACAUACAUCCAGAUAUACACCAUAUAACACAUACAAAUACACACAUGGACACACAUGCAGAUACACAGACACUUAAUGAUGAACAUUCAGAUACACAUGAUGACACUCAUACAGAUUCAAACAGUGACACACAAACAGAUACAUAUGGCAAACACUGACAUACAGAUAUGCAGACAUACAUAUAAACACACAUGCAGACAGAUACACAUACAUACAGACACAUACACACAUACACACACACACACAUACGUACAAACACAAAUACAUACAGACACACAUACACAUACAUACAGUUGCAAGAAAAAGUAUGUGAACCCUUUGGAAUGAUAUGGAUUUCUGUGCAAAUUGGUCAUAAAAUGUGAUCUGAUCAUCAUCUAAGUCACAACAAUAGACAAUCACAGUCUGCUUAAACUAAUAACACACAAAGAAUGAAAUGUUGCCAUGUUUUUAUUGAACACACCAUGUAAACAUUCACAGUGCAGGUGGAAAAAGUAUGUGAACCCUUGGAUUUAAUAACUGGUUGAACCUCCUUUGGCAGCAAUAACUUCAACCAAAUGUUUCCUGUAGUUGCAGAUCAGACAUGCACAACGGUCAGGAGUAAUUCUUGACCAUUCCUCUUUACAGAACUGUUUCAGUUCAGCAAUAUUCUUGGGAUGUCUGGUGUGAAUCGCUUUCUUGAGGUCAUGCCACAGCAUCUCAAUCGGGUUGAGGUCAGGACUCUGACUGGGCCACUUCAGAAGGCAUAUUUUCUUCUGUUUAAGCCAUUCUGUUGUUGAUUUACUUCUAUGCUUUGGGUCAUUGUCCUGUUGCAGCACCCAUCUUCUAUUGAGCUUCAGAUGGUAGACAGAUGGCCUUAAGUUCUCCUGCAAAAUGUCAUGAUAAACUUGGGAAUUUAUUUUUCCUUUGAUAAUAGCAAUCCGUCCAGGCCCUGACGCAGCAAAGCAGCCCCAAACCAUGAUGCCCCCACCACCAUUCUUCACAGUUAGGAUGAGGUUUUGAUGUUGGUGUGCUGUGCCUUUUUUUCGCCACACAUAGUAUUGUGUGUUUCUUCCAAACAACUCAACUUUGGUUUCAUCUGUCCACAGAAUAUUUUGCCAGUACUGCUGUGGAACAUCCAGGUGCUCUUGUGCAAAUUGUAAACGUGCAGCAAUGUUUUGUUUGGACAGCAGUGGCUUCCUCUGUGGUAUCCUCCCAUGAAAUCCAUUCUUGUUUAGUGUUUUACGUAUUGUCGAUUCGCUAACAGGGAUGUUAGCAUUCUCCAGUGACUUUUGUAAGUCUUUAGCUGACACUCUACGAUUCUUCUUCACCUCUUUGAGCAGUCUGCGCUGUGCUAUUGCAGUCAUCUUUACAGGACGGCCACUCCUAGGGAGAGUAGCAGCAGUGCUGAACUUUCUCCAUUUAUAGACAAUUUAUCUAACCGUGGACUGAUGAACAGCAAGGCUUUUGGAGAUACUUUUAUAACCCUUUCCAGCUUUAUGCAAGUCAACAAUUCCUAAUCGUAGGUCUUCUGAAAGCUCUUUUGUGCGAGGCAUCAUUCACAUCAGGCAAUGCUUCUUGUGAAAAGUAAACCCAGAACUGGUGUGUGUUUUUUAUAGGGCAGGGCAGCUGUAACCAACACCUCCAAUCUCAUCUCAUUGAUUGGACUCCAGUUGGCUGACAUCUCACUCCAAUUAGCUCUUGGAGAUGUCAUUAGUCUAGGGGUUCACAUACUUUUUUCACCUGAACUGUGAAUGUUUACAUGGUGUGUUCAAUAAAAACAUAGCAACAUUUCAUUCUUUGUGUGUUAUUAAGUUAAGCAGACUGUGAUUGUCUAUUGUUGUGACUUAGAUGAUGAUCAGAUCACAUUUUAUGACCAAUUUGUGCAGAAAUCCAUAUCAUUCCAAAGGGUUCACAUACCUUUUCUUGCAACUGUACAUACAAGCGCACACACACAUACACACACAUACAAAUACAUAUACAUACAGACACACAUACACUAACAAACACACAUGCAAAAUGUUUUAGUCACCCUCCUGUUUAGUACUUUUCAGGUGCAGGAGGGUGACUUUCCCUGGGGUCCAGUGGCUCAGGCUGAUAAGAGUCAGAGUUCCCACUCUGACUCCCUCCUCUCCUUCCUCCUCCCUUGCAGCACAGUGAUUGCUGGGAGGAAGUGACAGAGCAGUCACUUUCUCCCAGCUCUGACAUCAUCAAAAGAGGCCUGCUCUGACUGGGCCCCCUGGAAAUUCAUUGCCAUCGGGUGGCCAUAAUAACAUGGGCCACCCGAUGGGCUCCUGAACGUGCAGCCCCCGCAGAUUUACCGUGCAGGCUAGGGUCGCGUUAUAUAGCCAGCGGAACCCCGGUUACAGGGGUCCACAGGGCGGCCAGGCCUCCUGGAAUGACGGGCCCGGUUGCAGCUGCGACCCCUGUGACCACGAUAGUUCCGCUACUGUAUACGGGGAUAUUUACAUGUCCCCAAUAAAGGAAAUGGAAAGAGACCUUCAGUGCCUUUCAUACAUGUCCACAGGCUUGAGUAUACCAAAUGCCAAUGCAUAGAACACACACAUUUAUCUUAAUGCUAAAAAUCACUCACACAUUUACUUUUUAAGCAAUAUUUCAGUUGGAAACCAAGUACUUUUAUAUAAUAUGAAAACUUUAUCAUUAAGAUAUGCAUUUUUUUGUUUGUUUUAUUUUACAGUUUCAUAUUCCACUGUGUCAUUUUUGAAUGUGCUGCUUUUAAAAUAUGUACACAAGGAUUCGGCAACCUACAACUCACAGACCAGAAGGCCCAUGCCCCUUUGACACUGUAUCAUUAAUCAAUUAUGAACUAGUUGGAUCAAUAUACUAUUGGUCAUAUAAAAAUGAUAAAAGCCAAUCUGAAGGCCAGAUGCACCCAAGGAUUUGAGCUAACAUAGUGAAUUGAGCUGCCUUGUAAUAGGUAAAUAAGUGUGGUACUGAUCACCCUUUCACUACCUUAAACUUAUAUAACUGACUUAGAGAAUCUGCUCUGCCUGCGCUCCUAAAUGAAAGAGUAAAUAUAAGAUGGCAUGGAUGCAAAAUCUCUCUGCAUCCGAGAGAGGAGAAAGGAUAGCUAGUGUGGUAUCCUUAUACUAUAAAUGGGAACCCCUCAUAAGUGUACCAGAUUGAGGAGCCUAAUACAAUUAUAUUACCUAUAUAAAUCCACUUACAGACUUGGCAUUUGGCACUCAUACAGAAAAAGGUUGCUACCCCUGAUACUGACAUACAUCCAGAUAUAAUUUUUCUUUUGCCUAGGGCGGCAAUAAUACUUGCACCGGCCCUGUAUAUGUGCCACAAAAGUGUCUUUCCAAUGAUUUUUGUGAUGUGGGUGGUAUGUGACUGUAAUGCCAUAGAAAUAAGAGAUGUUGGUGGUAUGGGUGCAGAGAGGUUGAGAGAAUCAUGCUGUUUUUUUCUCAGUGAGUUUAAUUUACGUCUGGAUAAAAUGUGUUUUGUAUGGUUCAUUUAAACUCCAGUAUUGCUGUGGACAGUGCACAUUUAGGUCACACUGACUGUAUACAUAAACCUCCUGAAAUUCGCAUUUUACAUUUAAAAUGCAUUCUUGUUGCACUUUUAUUACUAAAAUCAAUGUAAUCCAAGUUAACAACACAGAUUUGUUGGCCUGUUUUACUCUAGUGGAGACUGCAAGGUUCCAUCUAUUCAAGGAGCAAGGUUGCCUACAUGCCUGUUAUUAUAUGGGCAAAGGCAUUACUAGAAGCCACGGGGCCUGAUGCUAAAAUUGCCCUGGACCCCCCAUACGUCCCAUGCUCCCCCAUUUGUCACAUUCACACACCCCAGCCCCUCUCUGUGUUUCAUUUAUGCCCCACAGGGUGAGUGUGGCAUGGUUGGGGUGUGUGAGUAUGACAGAAUUGGAGGGGUUCAUGUGAUAGGGUGAAAGGGGGCGAGUGUGACAGAAUGAUGGAGAAUGAAUGUGAUAGGUUAACAUGGCAGAUAGAUAGGAGGUGAGUAUAGCAUGGGUGAGUGAUAGGAUUGGGGGAGUUAUUGUGAGUGUGGCAGGGUGAAGGGGGUGACAGUGUGUGUGGUGGGGUGACAGUUGCACAGACACACAUGCAGAUAAACAAACACAUACUGACAUACAUCCAGAUAUACACCAUAUAACACAUACAGAUAUAUACACGGACACACAUGCAGAUUCAAAGACACUUUAUGAUGAACAUUCAGAUACACAUGAUGACACUCAUACAGAUUCAAACAGUGACACACAUACAGAUACAUAUGGCAAACACUGACAUACAGAUAUGCAGACAUACAGAUAUACAUAUAAAUACACAUGCAGACAGUUACACAUAGACACACACACACACACAUACAAGCACACAUACAUACAGACACAUACACAUAUACACACACACAUAAGUACAAACACACAUACAUACAGACACACAUAAACAUACAUACAUACAUAUAAACACACACACACACAUAUACACACACACAAACACACAUACAAACACACAAAUACACACACACACAUAGAGAGACACAGACACACAUACACUAACAAACACACAUGCAAAAUGUUUUAGUCACCCUUCUGUUUACUACUUUUUAGGUGCAGGAGGGUGACUUUCCCUGGGGUCCAGUAGCUCUGACUUCCUCCUCUCCUUCCUCCUCCCUUGCGGCACGGUGAUUGCUGGGAGGAAGUGAGGCAGUCACUUUCUCCCAGCUCUGACAUCAUCAAAAAAGGCCUGGUCGCGCUGCUAAAGCGCCACAUCUUCGACCGGGCCCCCUGGAAAUUCAUUGCCAUCGGGUGGCCAUAACAGCAUGGGCCACACAAUGGGCUCCUGAAUGUGCAGCCCAAGCAGAUAUACCGUGCAGGCUAGGGUCGCGUUAUAUAGCCAGCGGUUACAGGGGUCCGCAGGGUGGCCAGGCCCCCUGGAGUGACAGGCCUUUCAUACAUGUCCACAGGCUUGAGUAUACCAAAUGCCAAUGCAUAGAACACACACAUUUAUCUUAAUGCUAAAAAUCACUCACACAUUUACUUUUAAGCAAUAUUUCAGUUGGAAACCAAAUACUUUUAUAUAAUAUGAAAACUUCAUCACUAAGAUAUGGUAUGGAUGCAAAAUCUCUCUGCAUCUGAGAGAGGAGAAAGGAUAGCUAGUGUGGUAUUUUUAUACUAUAAAUGGGAUACCCUCAUAAGUGUACCAGAUUGAGGAGCCUAAUACAAUUAUAUUAGCUAUAUAGAUCCAUUUACAGACUUGGCAUUUGGCACUCAUACAGAAAAAGGUUGCUACCCCUGAUGUAGACAGUGCUAAUACAUUAGGUAGAUAUAUGUACCGACAGUAGUGUAUAUAAAUACAUAUAUGUAUAUAUCAGGGAUCAAGUCCUGGGGAAAAAAGUGUGGGAACUCACCCAAGAUCCAACCCCCUCGCCCCCAAAAUAAAAAAUUAUACGCUCGAAUGCAAAUAAAUUGUAAAGUGCCAGUUUACAAAUACAAGUAUAUGGAGAUAUCCUCUCCAGAGUACGUCCAAGUUAUCCAUGCUCAUUUAUUAAUGCCGUCAGAGUAGAUGGUCCUCUUUGUAGGGUCCAAUUGAUUUUGGGUUAAAACUCAGCUAAGCCUGACAAAUUCAACCCAGUUUAGAUGGAGCAAUUUGUCAUUUGGCUCCAUUGUUCCCAGACUGCCAGGCUUUCACCAUGUAAGAAUUGGGUCUCUACCUGAUUUUAUUUAUCAUUUGUGUAUACAUGUAUUUUCCCUUUUUUCUUUUUGUUUGAAGUAUUCUAUUUUUAUCACACAUAUAUUUAUUAAAAGUUAAGUUUUAACUACUACAAGUCCCAAAGGAGGGCUUAUAUCACUUUUUUUCAUAAGGGCACUUUAAUAUUACUGGUCAGUAUCCACUCGGCCCCUUUAGAGGUGCCCACUCCCAUAGGGACACUAUACUUGAUUUUCCAUGUCUCCUAUAUACUGUGCUUAAAGUUUAGACACAUACAAUCACACACAAACUUACUGACAGACACACACACACUGACAUACACACUUGCUGACAAACAGACACACACUGACAAACUUAAUGACAGACACACACACUGACAGGCAUACACAAACACUAACAGACAUACACAUACUGACACAUACACAGUGACAGACAGACACAAACACACACACAGUGACAGUCACACACACUUACUGACAGACAGACAGACACACACUGACAGUCACACUGACAGACACGCACACUUACUGAUAGACACACUUAUUGACACACACACACACAUACUUUCUUUCAGACACAUACAGUACUAAAUAGGCGCCGCUCCGGGGGCACCCUUAGGUGGCCCACUGGCCACCUGCUGGGCUCCCUGUGACAGGCCAUCGGCCUGCUUCACACAGCACCCCCACCUCCUGGCGCAGUGCACCAUGUACACCUGCCCUGGAUCUGCCGUGGCAGGUCCUGCAGGACUACUAAGGCUAACGGCAUUCCUGCUGUGGAAAAAGUGCAGUUCCCAUGCGUUCCUGCAGGACUCGAGCUCUGGUACAAAUAUAUAUAUAUAUAUAUAUGUACACACACAUACAUACAUACAUAGAAAUGAAUUCUUUAUGAAAUCCAGGAAGAAAGUAAGACAUGCAACUAUAUUUUUCCUGGCUUAUAUUAUACACUGUUGUUAACCACAAUUAAUGUCUGCAGACAUUCAGUUCGACUGACAUUUAUAAAUGUGAUGCAGUGGUAUUUUUUCAAAAUAUUCCGGCUUGAAAUUUAAUGCAACUUUGUUCUUUUCUCUCAUAUCAAAAUGCUACUCUAAUAUGAAAAACAUUAUGCACCCUCAGUAUAAUAAAAUAAUGCUUAUUAUACUAAUCACUACUUGUUUAGAUGUUGAUAUGAUGAUUAAUAAUUUUAUUUAUGAGGUGGUAUUCUCUACAAUGGGUAAAGAAAACACAGUGAGAUGGCUAAUUUAAAUAAGCGGGAGGAGGACGUGAUGAGGGAUCUGCUCCAACUAACACCCUGAAGAAUGGGGAUACAAAUAUAAAAAAUGAGAAAUGCAUUCUGAAGGAUGAUAGCUGCAGAUUGCAUUUUGACAGUCUACAUACGUUAUUAAUUCAAGUAAUAUAACAUGCUAUAGUUGUAGAAUAAGGUUUAAUGAGGUUAGAUAAAGGUUAGAGGCCAAACUAUGCAAGCCAUAGAACUGACAGAUUAUGGAAGGGAGCUUAAUUCAUAGGUAAAUUGACAUGCUUUACUAAAGUUCUUUUAAAUGAUUAUCAUUUAGGGGAAAUAGUGAGGGUGGGUAGAGGAAAGGAGAAAGUUGCUAACAGAGUGGAAGCUAUAACAACUGAGAUUGUUUACUAUUGCUAAUUACAGAAAGUAUGGAUUCUGGGUUAGUUUCUGGAGUAUUAAUUAGUAUACACAGUAUAUAAACACAUGUAUAUAUGCUUUCCACAAGAUUUUGGCGUGCUUCUGUGGAUUGUUGCCCAUUUGGGAGAUCAGUCCCGAUUCACACUUUCCAUUCCAGUUCAUAUCAAAGGUGUUUGAUGGGGUUAAGGUCAGGGCUCUGUGUGGGCCAGUCAACUUCUUCUACAACAAACGUAUCUAAUCAUGCCUUUAUGGACCUUGCUUUGUGCACUGGGGCACAGUCAUGCUUCCCCAAACUGUUCCCACAACGUUGGAAGCAUAGCAUUGUCCAAAAUGUCUUGGUAUACUGAAGAAUAAACAUUUGACUUCACUGGAAGUAAGUGACCUACCCAACCCCUAAAUAACAGCCCCAUUCCAUUAUCCCUCCUCUACCAAAUUUUACAGUUGGCACAAUGUAGUUAGGCAGGUAACUUUCUCCUGGUAUCUGCCAAAUCCAGACUCACCCAUCAGACUGCCAAACAGAGAAGUGUGAUUCGUCAUUUCACAGAACACGUUUCCACUUUUCCUGAAUCCGGUGGUGGAAUGUUUUAGACCUCUUGAUCUGCCUCUUGGCAUUGUACUUGGUGAUGUGAAUCUUGCAUGCAGCUGCUCGGCCAUGGAAGCCCAUUGCAUGAAGCUCACGCAUCAUAGUUGUUGUGCUGAAAUUAAUGCCAGUGGAAGUUUAGAACUCUUCAACAAUGGAAUUAGCAGAGCAUUGGCAAUUCUUACAUACCUCAGCAAUUGGAGACCCUGCUGUGUGACUUUAAGUGUCCUUUAGCUUCAUGGCUGAGUUGCUGCUGUUCCUAAAUGCUUGAACUUUCCAAUAAAACUACUUACAAUUGACUGUAGAAUAUCUAGGAAGGAUAAUAUUUAACGAACUGACUUAUUGCCAAGGUGGCAUCCUAUCACAAUACCAUGCUUAAGUAUAUUGAGCUCUUCAGAAAGACCCUUAUUUCACAAAUGUCUGUGUGCCCCAAUACUUUUAUAUAUAUAUAUAUUAUGUAUAUAUAUAAGGCUGGGCCUGUAGUAGUGAGAGGGGCAUGAUUUCCCUACUUAAGGAUUGCCGGGCACCUCCUCAUUACCGUUUUUGGUCUGGUGAUUUUUGUUGGUCUGGUGAUUUGCAUACCUGGACUUCGGGCUGCAGCAGAUCGCCAUUUUGCUUACCUUACCUGCUCUUAGAGAGUCUGCCCAACGUCUGCUCGAACGUUACUUACGAUUCGUACAACAUGUCUGUUAUAGUGUUCGGUUAGACAUAGAGCGAUCAAAUGUUAUGCGGCUCUUUGCUCCUCUUUGGCGCCGUUCGUAUAAUUACAGCCAAAUGCCCUAUUAUAGUAAUAGGUAUUCCUUGGGUCCAUGCGGACAUUCGCAUAUUUGUAUGUAUAUGCUUGAUAGGCUGAUGGCCUCUAGAGGCCAAAGGGGAGUACUACACGUUUUAAAUUUCUGAUCAAAUACUUUUCUGUUUAAAUUUAAUUGAGCAGCACAUUGUUGCUAGAUUUUGUUCUGCCUAUUAGAUAUGUUGUAACAAGAUGUUUUAUAGGGUGCCGGGCUUGAACCUUCCUUUUGGCUGUGCCUCUUAGGGUUUUUCAAGUCUCAUAGGUUCUGGUUGGCUCAAUUGUCCAACUCGGUUUAGGUGGGUCCUUUUUAUUGUUUGUCAAUUAGUAGUCAGUUAUGCUCUCUUGAUGGCUCUGAUAUUGGUGAUAUUAUAUAUUACAGAUUGAAGUCACUCUGCCAUUUCACUAUGAUCUCCCCUCUUUCGAUUUCUACAAUUUCACAUCGGCUAGUCUUUUAGAUUUGUCUUGGGGAUCCAAGAUCUGACCCUCGCUACCCAGAUAACCUCAUUUGUUCCUUUUAUGUUACUGGUUAUAUUACCUAUUACGCUUUUCUGGUUCAUUUUAGGCCUAGUCUAUUGGCUGGUAGGCAUCCAAUAUUAUUUUGUUCUUCUGCUAUUUAACAGUCAGAAUAUGGGUACUACAACAUUGCUAUUACUCUCAUAUGUACUGCUCGGGUUUGUUCUACUCUGUCCUACUCUAUAUCCAUCUGAUACAACAGAUAUGUGAACCCAGUGGUCGUUACACCUUCCCCUCUUCCCAAUCCUGCAACUGAUACUAGGGUAAGACUUUAUCUACUGGCUGAUAGAUUUCAGAGUCCGCUUAUUUAUUUUUCUGGCCUUCUUGCCUUGUCUUAGUGGUCCCGUGAGGCCAACAACCAUCCUCAUACUCAGAGGUACUCAUGCCCAAUGGCCACCUCAUAGUUAGUCGCUUCACAUGAUGGUAUAGAGACUGCCUCCCCCUGUCACUUCCAUGCUAGUUUUUGCUCUACCGGUCACUGAAAGGCCGACACCCGCCACAUUUUUGGUGGCCACAAAAUCCCCUCACACCAGCACAUAGCUAGAGCCUCUCAUGCCACAUGGCAAUUAGUAUGGCUCCCCUCUCCAUUACUAAAUUUCUUUGCCACUUGGCAUUAGGCAAGCUAGCCAGUACAAUAUUAUCACUUUGGUUACUCAUGAAUUUUUGUCCUAUCCUAGCAUAUCAGAACUACCAGACGCUAUUGAAGAUUUGUUAAUUCCCAGCCCUCAUGCAAGGUCAAUCUCUCCAUCUCACAGAGGGGACAACGCCAGCCUGUCUUCCCUCAGGUCUUGGACCAUGCCUAGGAUCAUGGCCGAAUUAAGGCGUAAUAAUAUUCCCUACCUUGCCACUGCCAGGAAGGCUGAACUUUAUAGAUUGCCCAACACGGAUAACACCGGGACUGGUGAUAGCCCCAGUAGUGCCCAAUCAUCCGACCUCCAGGCCAUCCUGCCAUCGGUCUUGUCCUCGUUGGGACAGAUUACUGAUAGGUUGGACCGUUUGGAUGCUAGUGAUAGGCUCGUGGCACCAUCUGGAUUGGUUACUUCAGAACCUACUGAUCUCUCAGGCACCCUGACUGUUAAAUUCAUUUGUCCACUACAGAACCCUAAAAUUAUCAACCCAGCUCACAUGGUGCGAGCUAAUAUUAAGAAGGAUAUCUUGAAAGGCAAGGAUGUCAAUCUAGCUUUGCUGCUGAUUGCCUCCCAAAAUAUUCUGGAGAACAAGAUGCAUGCCUAUGGCGAUGUCUCUGUUGUACUGAAGGCAAGGGACCCCAGGUUGAUAGGAAGAUGUCAAUUCCUGAGUUUGUCCUGGCCAUUAGUAUUUAUAGGGACAAGGUGUGCUCAGUUUAUACCGAGCACAGAGAGGAAUUCGAUCAGUAUUUACACAAGCUGGUGGACCUGGGGCAUAAGUAUGGCGGUACAUAAUUUUAUGAUUACCACAGAUCAGUCUCCGCAAAGGUGUCUGCAGCUCUAGCUCAGUUCAAUUUUUUAAGAUGGACUGGAGCCAGUUGGCAGGCACUUUGUGGGCCUCAGGUCCCCAGCUUGUUGUAUUUGCUCUUCAUCCUCACAUACCACUAACCUAUGUCCUAAUACCCCAGAGCUGGGUGCUACCUUUCCUUUCCCAACCUCCUUAGUUAAACCUGAGAAGGUAAUUAAGGACAAGCUUGGUCGUAAUAUUGUUUUUCUGGGUAAAUCCCAGAUUUGCGACAACUUUAAUGCAGGUUCCUGUGGAUUUAGUGCUUGCCGGUUAUUGCAUGUGUGUUGUCUUUGUUUUAGGGCACAUGCCAAAACAAUAUGUCCAAAUAAAUUGUUUCCCAAACCCUACAUGGUCUCAAUCAAUGUGACUUGUUUCGCUGACUUAUUACAUAACCAUCCCUCACCCCACUUGAUGGAGGUUUUGGUGACUGGAUUUGCGGAAGGGUUCCAUUUGGGAAUCAUUUACAUGCCAUCGGCAUUGUAGAAUGUAAGAACCUGCUGUCCACCCUUGCGAAUCCAAUAGUGGUUAACACUCUGUUACUGAUUAAAUUGGAUCAAGGUUUCCUACUUGGGCCGUUCAGUUCCCCACCGUCUAUGGAGAAUUAACCCUAUAGGGGUGGUCUUUGGUAAAGUUCAGCCAAGCAAAGGUUGAUUGUCGACCUCUCUGCUCCCCACUCUUCCAUGACCUCCAGUCUGAACUUUCUCAUUCCUUCAGCGGAAUUCUCCCUUUAGUAUGCAACCAUUGAUAACGCCAUUGAUCCAAUUCUGACAGCAGGGAAGGGGGCAUGGCUCAGUAAGACUGACAUCAUUAACGCCUUCCACCUCCUCCAAAUCCAUCCUUCUUUGUAGCAUCUACACGGUGUUAAGUGGCAGGGUUCUUACUAUUUUUUCACUUGUCUCACUUUUGGUGCAAAAAGUAACCCCAGGAUUUUCGAUACCUUCGCUGAGACUUUAUGCUGGUUACUGCUCAAUGCCUGUAGAUACCCCACAGUUAUUCACUAUUUAGAUGACUUCUUGAAUAUUAAGAGUAACUUAUUUCCACCCAGUAGCCUGAUAGCCACGAUCCAGCUUUUCCAAUACCUGGGGGUCUACAUCUCCCCUAAAAAGACAGAAGAACCCGACAUGUUGAUUAAUUUCCUGGGUAUCACACUAGAUUCGGUUAAUAUGCAAGCCAGUUUGCCUAGAGAUAAGAUUGAGCGCAUCCUAUCCAGCAUCAAUCUAUAUCUCUCUGCGGGAACUUGUAAUCAUACAGAAUUAUAGUCUCUACUAGGCUCCCUCAACUUUGCCAUGAAACUUAUGCCACAGGGCAGGGCUUUUAUUUCUAGACUGCUCAAUCUGUUUCCCCGCUUUCAGUCUGAUAUUUCCCGCAUUUCACUGGACAUUCCGGCUACCGCGGAUUUACGCAUUUGGCAGGAAGUUCUCAUGAGAUGGAAUGGGAAAAGCAUGUUUAUCCUUUUACUUACCUCUGACUUCCUUACUAUUUUUACAGAUGCAGCUGCCACCUCAGGCUUUGCGGCUAUUUUUGGUGAUAAUUGGCUAUGGGGGUUUGGCCUAGUGAAGUGUGAGGAUUCCUUGGAGGCUCCAAAAGGAACUUGGAUGAGGUAUUGAAUGAAAAUGGUGAAUUUAUUAGUUUAAAAUAAACAUAAAAACAAAGAUGAUAAAAGUCCUCAAAUAAAAGUCCUUUAAAAAUGGCCAAUACGCGUUUCACUCUCAAAUAGAGCUUCUUCAGUCAGCUGUACUGACACAGGGGUAGUGCCAUCCCCAUUCAAACUGGCACAAAAUCCACAUACCUAGAGCCGGGAUUCGUAGGCUCAGGACCAGGUGAGCACCCCAUUUAUUGAACACAUAUCUGUGUCAUUUAUCACCAUAAGUCUACACAUUGGUUUGCUUUCUUCUCUUUUUUUCGUGUUCCUGAGAAAUUCUUCAAGCCGAAGUAGGAGGGUGGUGCUACCAUAACAGCACACAAGCCUUUAUACGGAGCCAGUGUUUUCUAUAUACAGGCUCCUUGAAAUGUGAGUGUAAUAUUCAACACAAUAUUAUUAUAAUCACUGUGAAGCCAUUUUUUAGUACCGUCUACACUAUAUUGUAUUUUCUGUAUUUUAUUUUGACAUGUACCCCAUAUUUUACCAUUGAAUGAGACUACGUUUUGGUAAGAUUUAUCUGUGUUUGAGCGCUCCACUUAUAGGUGUAGGUCCUUGUCACUUACACCGCACCAAUAUCUACUAAAUUUAUUCAGUGGAAUAGAGGAUAUUUCCACACUAGUGUAUUGAGCUGCCUGUAAAUCACUUUUUGACUCUUUUGAGCACUUUUGUUAUACACACUCCUCUGUAAAAAGAGGCAACCUUUGAUUGGUAUUCACAAAAAAAAAAAUAUAUAUAUAUAUAUAUAUAUAUAGAUAGUGUUCAAGUAGAGAUUGUAGCCGUAUUAGUCCAGUGGUGUAGAUGUAAAAAACAAAUACAAUUUGUAUCUUGUAAUACCUUUUUUAUUGGACUAACAGAAUUUUUUAAUGACAAGCAUUCGGGAGAACCUCCCUUUCUCCUUUACUACUUCUUGCUCUGCUCCCUUAAAUGCCCUGCAUUGAUGCCGAUGCCUGGAGUCCGAAUAUGACAUCACUCUGGCCCUGGCAUCCUUAAAUGCAAUGGAGCAGAGCAAGAAGAUGAAAGUAUAUACACUGAAUCCCAGGGACAGGAUCCACACUGGACCCUAGGGACGGGAUCCACACUAGACCCCAGUUAAAGGAUCAGCUCCAGAAAAAAAAGUGAGUUUGUGAGAAAAUGUGUAUGUAUGUCUCCGUCAGUGAGUGUGUGUCUGUCAAUGAGUGUGUGUGUAUGUCUUUCUGUAAGAGUGUGUGUCUGUUUGUGAUAGUGUGUCUGUCAAUAAAGGACCACUCUAGGCACCCAGACCACUUCAGCUUAAUGAAGUGGUCUGGGUGCCUGGUCCAGCUAGGAUUAACCCAUUUUUUCAUAAACAUAGCAGUUUCAGAGAAACUGCUAUGUUUAUGAAAAAAUGGGUUAAGCCUUCCCCCAUUCCCUCUAGUGGCUGUCUCAUUGACAGCCACUAGAGGCGCUUGCGUGCUUCUCACUGUGAUUUUCACAGUGAGAGCACGCCAGCGUCCAUAGGAAAGCAUUAUGAAUGCUUUCCUAUCUGACCGGCUGAAUGCGCACGCAGCUCUUGCCGCGCGUGCGCAUUCAGCCCAGGAGGAGGAACGGAGGAGGAUCGGAGGAGGAGACCUCUCCGCCCAGCACUGGAAAAAGGUAAGUUUAAACCCCUUUCCCCCUUCCAGAGCCAGGUGGGAGGGGGUCCCUGAGGGUGGGGGCACCCUCAGGGCACUCUAGUGCCAGGAAAACGAGUAUGUUUUCCUGGCACUAUAGUGGUCCUUUAACCCCUUAAGGACACAUGACAUGUGUAACAUGUCAUGAUUCCCUUUUAUUCCAGAAGUUUGGUCCUUAAGGGGUUAAGUGUGUGUAUCAAUGAGUGUGUGUCUGUCUGUGAGUGUGUGUCUGUGAUUGUGUGUGUGUCUGUCAUUGAAUGUGGGCAUGUCUGUGAGUGUUUGUCAGUGCCAAAUCAGUGAGAGUGUGUGUCUGUGAGUGUGUGUCAGAUCAGUGAAAAUGUGUGCCUGUCAGUGGCGUGUGUGUCUGUCAUUAAGUGUGUGUCUGCCAUUGAGUGUGUGUGUCUAGCGUAUGUGUGUCUGUCAAUGUGUGUUUUUGUGUGUGUCUGUCUGUGAUUGUAUGUGUCUGUGAGUGUGAGUGUCUGUCAGUGUCAAAUCAGUGAGAGUGUGUGUCUGUCAGUGACGUGUAUGUGUCUGUCAGUAUGUGUUUGUCUGUCAAUAUGUGUGCUGGUCAAUGUGUGUGCCUAUCAAUAUAUGUGUGUCUGUCAAUGUGUGUGUUUGUCAAUGUGUCUUAAAUCAGUGAGAGUAUGUGUCUGUCAGUGUGUAUUAAUCAGUGAGAAUGUGAUUGCCAUGAUAGUGUGUCUGUCAGUGAGUGUGAGUUUGUCAGUGUAUGUGUAUGUCUGUCAGAAUGUGUCAAAUCAGUGAGGGUGUGUAUCUGUCAGUGAGUGUGUAUGUGUAUGUCAGUGAGUAUGUGACAGUGUGUGUAUGUGUAUGUGUAGGCCAGUGAGUGCAUAUUAGUGUAUGUAUAUCAGUGAGGGCAUAUAUCUGUCAGUGAAAUUGCGUGUUGGUUAAACAGUAUGGGUGCCAAUGAGUGCAUGUUUGGGUUAGUAAGAGUGUGUGUCCUUGAAAGGAUGAAAAUGUUAGUUUUGUUAAAAUGUUAAAAAAUAGUUUUAAUCAAGUAAUUUGAUAUGUAGUAAUAUGCAUAUAUGUGUGCAUGUAUGUCUUUACGUAUAUGCAUACACACACUAUAUAAUAUAGUGUAUAUAGACAUGCAUGUAUUGUUAAUAAAUGUGUUAUAUUAUUAUAUUAAAGUGUAGAUAUAUUAAAGAGCAUUGAAUUCCAUCUGCACAUUGUGCUACCAGAAAUGCUAACAAAUGUAUGAUUUUUAAAUUAAAGCUCUUUAAAAUAGGUCCCUCCCAUACCACUCAAUUAAAUCCUCAACAUUAGACAUGUGUGCCAGUAGCAUACAGGGUCUAAUGCCAUAGAUUGAGUGACAGGCUGUCCUCUUGCUUCCUGUCACUGUUACUUGCUCAGCUGGUACUUGAUGGGGGAAUAUGGGAUGAUGGCAGUGAAACCAGCAUGUUAGCAUUAGCACUGGGAAUUGCCAGGCUUAGGAGAGUGUCCGCCAGCAGGGCCAAUCACUCCACACUCACACGCAGCCAAACCCCAUAUACAAUCACACUUAGCCAGCCACACACAUACAGACAAAAUGACUCCAUCAACUCUACACAUACAUAUCACACUCUGCCAACAACACAAUCAGACACAACCAAGCCCCAAACAGAAUCACUCUUAGCUAACCCCCACACAAGCACACUCAGUCACCACACACAUUUUACUUAGGUGUAUGGUUUAGGGGGGAGCAAGGGGGGCUCUUCUUUAAUUCCAGCACCGGGGUGCUGUUACUUCUCUGGAUACACCUUGUUAUGCCCCCGUCUGGAUCAAUGUAACUGUUCUCUUUAGAAGCACAUCAAUUAGUUGCAUUCUUAAUUAGUUGCCAUUUAACUUUUUAUCAAAUAUUAUUAUUACAGAAUAAAAAGGACAAAGGAGAAAUAUUUCUCCAUCCACAACAAUAUAAUUGUGUACAAAAAAAUAGGACAUUAUAAAAUUUGCACAGAAAUAUGGCCAUCUCAUUCCUGAUAUGAUGUGAAGAUUUAUCAAACACCUGCGGUAAUAUAUCACUAUCUGAUGAAUGCUCAUAAAGUUGGUUUUAUCUUUUUACAUUAGUCUAUCAGCAUCAUUAUUUUGGAAAUAAAUAACCAUUAUCUACUCAAAAUGUCAGUUAAUGUGUAUCCAAUGCGUAUUGAUUUUUGUAAGAUAACUUUUUUUGACAGAGUGAUAUUUCUUCCAAUUUAAACAGUGCUACUGUAUGAAAGGGGGUAACCAGCAGGCACAUUCCUUUUGUGACUCCUUCCCUUUUACAUUUAUGGACCUCUUUUUAGAACAGAACAAAAUCUCUCUGUUUAUCUCUAACGUCCUCUAUAUUGCCAAUUGUUUGAUGGUUUGUUUCAGCUAUCUUACCUAGAAUCUGUCAUACUAAAAUGCAAGACUAUAUCAUUCUGCAAGACAGUUCAGAACCAUAACUGCCCCUUCUAGUCAAAACCUUAUUUCAAUAUAAAUCUGCCCUACACUUUACAACAGAGCAUUUUCACCUUAUGUAUUUGUUGAUUGGAUCGGAGCAAUUAAAUCAACUCAGUUAGGUGAUAAGAUUGUUAGUAGUUGCAUGAUCUACUGUCAAGGUUGGGACCAAUAGCCAAUCAGCAUCCAAGAUCCAGGACCGACCCACUAUCCAAGAUUAUUGAAAAAAGCAACAUUCAAUAGAGGUGGUUAUAUUAAAGGGACACUCCAGUGCCAGGAAACCAAACUGUUUUCCUGGCAUUGCAGGUCCCCUCUCCCUCCCACCCCCCAUCCGAGGUUGCUGAAGGGGUUAAAACUCCUUCAGUGACUUACCUUUAUCCAGCGCUGAUGUCCCUCGGCGCUGGUUCAGGGUCCGCCCACGCUCCUCCCCCGCCGACGUCAUCCGCCGGGGAGACCUAUUGCGUAUGCAAGCACAUUAGACCUACCCAUAGAAAAGCAUUGAAAAAUGCUUUCAAUGCUUUCCUAUGGGGAUUUCAGCGACGCUGGAGGUCCUCACAUAGCGUGAGGACGUCCAGCGACGCUAUAGGACAAAGAAAAUAUGUGCUAUAAACCAGGAAGUGCCCUCUAGUGGCUGUCUAGUAGUAGACAGCCACUAGAGGAGGAGUUAACCCUGCAAUGUAAGUAUUGCAGUUUAUGAAAACUGCUAUAUUUACAGUUGCAGGGUUAAGGGUAGUGGGAGUUGGCACCCAGACCACUCCAAUGGGCAGAAGUGGUCUGGGUGCCUGGAGUGUCCCUUUAAAUUGGAUUGAUGGGUUUGUCCUCUCAAGAUGUUGCAUGUUAUACUUAAACAGUACACAAUAGAUUUACAUACAGAUGCAUAUAGCAACGGACCUUUCAAUUGCGGCAGGGGAACUUUUAAUUAAGCAUUGGUGGUAUACCAUAAAAUGAUUGUAAAAAACAAACAAAUAAACAAAAUAACAGAAAUACUUAACUGUUUAUUACCUGUAAUUUAAAUGGAAGGGUACAUUUAAACCACCUACCCAUUAUUUCUUCGAUAGUGGAAUUGUGUGGAGAGCGAUUUUUGAUUUCUGUACAUGCUCAGGCUAUACAAAACUAACGCUAUAUUUGAUACUGCACGUGAGGUUUUUUCCUGCAAAACAUAAUUGUAGCUAUGUUAACAUAAAAUUUGUAUUAAAUUAGGGAACUUCUAGAUUUGUACUAAAAUCUGUGGGUAUUGUAAAAUUAUUGUGGGUGGGGCAUUACGUUUCAACUAUGAAAAAGGUUAAAUGGUGGUAUAAACUGAUCUAGAUAUUUUUAUGGGUGCAGCAAUACAAAAGUGCCUAGUCUAUCCAUUGUGGGAGGAAGCCCAUUUAUCAGCCUAUUUUUAAUGACUAACCAGUUUAGUCUUAAAAAAUACAAAAAAAGCAUAUGAGUCAGUAUAAGACUCACUUUAUUACAAGAGAGGUUUUACACCUCUCCUAUGCCCCUAUUUGCUUUUUUUGACAGAGUGAGGGUAGGGGCAAGUCUGCUAGACAGCAAGAAGCCAGUAGCUGCUCUUGGUAAUUCAAAAUUAGCAACUGGGUAGCCACCAACUAUGGGCAUAGGGUGAUGGCUAUUACAUUAAAGUAGAAGACUAAAAUAAAUAGGGGUAUCUAAAACUAAAACUUUGCCAGCUCCAACCCAUUGGCGGCAAGUGAAGCUAUAAUUAAAUAUGCAAGGGAGCAUAUUAUAAAGUAUUUUCAUAGAUGUAGGGAUACAGAAAAAAAAAUAGGGUCGGGGAACAAUGUAAUUAAUUCAUCAUGGAAUCAUGGGUUUUUCAUAAAUGUAAUAUUGAUGUAUUUUCGUGUGCAAUUCCGUCAUUAAGGGGCAAUUUUUUUUUUUCCAAUGCAAUGCCAGCAGAUUCCUAGCCGCAAACACUACUAUAGCUGCAAUUUUUUUAGCCUUCAUUUGCCAACUGGUCGGGUACAGUACAAAUAAUCCUGAUACUGGGGUCAUGGGUGUAACUAGAAUCUUAAAUGAGUAUAGUAUUCUCUGUACUUUCAAGUUUUUAAAUUGCUUGCAAUAGCUACAGUGGGUUAAAAUGAUGAACAAAUUGUGAACUGUAAAUUAUGUCACAUUGUAGCAAGGACUGUUCAAGAAUUGCUUGCUUUUGCUACUGAGUGUUGUGAAAAUGUUGGUCACAGUUAAAUCCUCAGCUAUACUGAAUUGUUUUCUUGAUUGCUUUCAUUGAUGUGGACUGGAUACAAUAACAAUUUCAACUGAAUUAUAGAGAUUUGGGUUGCUUCUUUUCAUUGCUUGAGGUGGUACCGUGUUUUGGAUCCCAUGCACCCCUGGGUCUGAUCAAUCCCUAAAGCGCAGAUGGUUGAUUGACACAUUUUUAUCUUGUGAGUUUUAUCCAAAAGAGAAAAGUUCAUGUGUUUUUAAGUUUUCUGAGGAUUCAUAUACUUUUUGCACUGUGACUGUGUUAUUGUUCUUUAUAUCCUGGCACUAUAGUUUUCCUUUAAGUCACUAUUACGAAAAUGUGAAUCUCGUGUCCUGCUAAAAUAGUUAAUUCCAUACUAGUCUGAGAUUCUGUGACAAUACAGUUUUUUUUUCCAUCUGCCAUGGUAGAAAGCAGAAUGGUUUGUGAGGAUAGUUAUGGCCAUACAUUCCUGUUUCAGAUACCAAUAUAGAUUAGCUACAGAACAUUAUUUCCUAUAAAUGACAAAGAGCAUACAAAUAUAAUUUCCUGGAUCUCCUAAAUUGCUAUAAUUUAUCACAUACAAAUCAUGAAUGUUUAUGCAUAUUUGUAUAGUCAGCCAUGGAUUUCUACUUAUAAAGCAGAUGCCCAUUAGUGUUGAAAAUCCUCUUAAUGGCUGCUUUAAAGCCAGAUUUUAGAAUUCUGAUAACAUACAGUGUUAUAAAUAUAAUUGUUUAGUGCACAGUCUCAGAUCACAACAACCGUAAUACAUGCUAUAAUAAAUCACAGCUUUACUAUAACACGGGCUAUGUGUAAGGAAAUAAAGGAUUUAUUUAUUUGUAUAACAUGUUGCAUAAAUCACUUUUCCUAAAUCAACUUUAAUCUAUAUAUUUAAAAUAUAUUAUUAUAUACAUUUGUUUUAGUGUCAUGCAAAUUCUUAUUUCAGUGUAACACAUGCUCUUGUUGACUGUAACAUCUCUCUAGCAGAGAGAUAAAAGCACAAUCUAAUAAGCAGGACGGUGCCUGCAGCAAAUAACAUAUAAAAUUGGCUAAGUGCUAUUUUAUUUAUGUAUCGCCCCCGUUUUCCAGCCAGCUUGGGUGCACCACACUUUCCCUUUAUCAUUCUAGAUGGUCUUAAAAUACAGUCAGCUUGAAAGGCAAGCUUGUAGAUGACAAGCAUCCAGACAGUGUGAUCCUUUUAUUGCAAGCUGGCUAUCGCAAUGUUUUUUCUAAUUAUUUGUAUAAUUAUAAUUAUGAUACAUUUAGAGUUGAUGUUUGCUUAUAUAAUGGCAAAUAGACUUGUGCAUUCAUUUUCAAACAAAUUGUGCUCAAUCCAAAUCACGAUAUAGAUGAAUAAUAACGUAAGUGAAACAGACAAUGGAUGAAAUUAUUUUGUUUGUUUCGUGAUUUAGAGUUCUUUUGUGGCUUCAAAAAGUUUGGAAGAAAAGGUUAAUAAUGGUAAACUCAUUAGCUCCUUUGGCUUCCAAUAUCAUUUCUUUUUUUUAAUUUCUUUUUUUUUUCAUCUUGACAUGAGUUCCAAUAUCAUUUCUAUGUGGAUGACAUGCAAAUCUAUCUGUCCUCUCCUGAUCUCUCCCCGUCCCUCUUGACUAGUGUCUCUGACUUCUUCUUUGCUAUUUCUAACUGGAUGUCUGCCCACUUCCUUAAACUCAACUUGACCAAAACUGAAAUUCUGGUCUUUCCUCCCUCAAGUAUUGCUACUCCUGUGUUUGUCUCCCUCCAAGUCAACGGUGCUACCAUCAGCUCCACCACGCAGGCUCGCUGCCUAGGUGUUCUCUUUGACUCCGACCUCUCCUUCAUGCCUCAUGUUCAGUCUAUCACCAAAUCCUGCCGCUUCCAUCUCAAAAACAUUGCGCGCAUCUAACCCUAGUUAAUGCCAGAUGCAACUAAGGUGCUGGUCCAUUCCACUGUCCUUUUACGCCUUGACUACUGUAAUCUGCUUCUCAGUGGUCUUACGUGCUCCCUACUUGCACCGUUACAGUCCAUAAUGAAUGUGGUGGCGAGGCUCACCUGUCCGCCCGCAUCGCCCACGCCCUACCCUUCUGUCAGUUCCUACAUUGGUUUCCUGUAAGAUAUAGGGCUCAAUUAAAAAUUCUGGUUCUUGAUUUAAAAUCUCUACAUAAUGCUGCUCCCACCUAUCUAUCCUCCCUAAUACACAAGUAUGUCCCGUCUAUGUCCUUACGCUCUGCUGAAGACUUACGUCUAUCUUCCGUCUGUACUCCCACCUCUGAUGCUCGCCUUCAAGACUUCUCGAGGGCUGCACCGUUCCUGUGGAACUCACUUCCCUCCUCUGUUAGAUGCUCACCCAGUCUCCACUCCUUCAAAAAAUCAUUAAAAACCCACUUCUUCAUAAAAGCGUAUCAAUUAAACUGUUAAUAGCUCCUGACUGAUUCCUCUUCUGCAGCUGCCACUAGUCUAAUACUAUCCUUACUUUUUUGUGUCAUUUUACCCCACUCCCUCUAGCAUGUAACUUGUCUGGCCACAACUACAUGUUUGUUCAUCCACCCACUGAAAAGCGCUGCGUAAUAAAAAUUUGACCAAGCGAGGGAAAAAAGGAGGAGCAGUAAAUCAAAAUAAUCUAUAUGUAAAUAUCAUACAUUUAUUAAAUAUUUAUAUGUAUAUAAAUAUAUUAUAUUUAAUAUUUAUAUAAAUACAGCUUUUUUAUUUAUAUUUAUAUUUUUCUACUCCUCCUGCUUUUCUUACCGCGAUAUAAAACAUUAUUUCUGCAUAAACAGAAUUUUUUAUACUCUGCACAAGCAACUGCACAUGGGAGUAUGGACACAUAGAGAGGUGUUCAGUGGGCUGAUACACUCAGAGGGCAGAUAUAAUAUGAGAGGUGUAAGAACAUGAUACACAAACACUCAGAUGUCCUCUGUUCUUCUACAUUUGUGGUGGGUAAUCAAUUAAUUUAACUAGGUCAGUAGCGAACAAGGCAAGUUUAAAAUUGAGUUAUCCUGACAUACUGCAGGACUGAGACAAAAAUAUGUACCAAGUUUUUAAAGGCAGAGCUGCCCAUGCAAGAGAGGGCGUGGCAAUGACCCAGAUGCCCCGAAAAGGACAAAUCUGUUUGACAUCCCAUGCACAGAGCCCUGCUGAUGUGCUCAAGUAUAGGGAAAAUGUCCCGUGUUUGUCCAUCACAUGCUUGUGAUUUAUUUCUGGCAUCCCCAUAAGUGAAAUACCAGAAGGUAAAAUGCCUAUGUCACCAAACAGAAUACAGAGGAUGCAGCCGAUAACAUACAGAAAAGUAAGACAAUACAAUAGUGUAAUACAGUUUGGAAUUGGUUGCUAUGCGCUGAAUUCAAUUACACACACUAGAUGAAGACUUGGAAAUUACAUUAGGAUGCUUCCCCUUGGAUGAUUAGGGGGCCGGUCCAGUAUGGAAAGCCAGAUUCAGGAUGUAUCAGAAAAUAUAAACUGCUUUAUCAUAUAUAUAUAUAUAUAUAUAAAAUAAAGUACAAGAAAAAACGGUCUUACACUUUUUGUCUCGAAAGAGACCUCUUCAGGGACACAAUAAAAAAUAUAAUAGUAAAAACAAUCCUAAAUCAAUGGUGAUGUCUGCGUUUGAAAGUCGUGUGUGUGGGUUCGGAUGCUUGUUUGAUCCAUGGCCCCCCCCUCCGCGCUUACUCUGCGCGGGCCGGAACACAUGGCGGCGGGCACCUGGUUGCAGGGGUUGCAGGGCUGCAACCCCUGCGACCGCGGUAUGUAUGCCAGUGCAUGCAGAUACACACACACUUAAAGGACCACUACAGACACCCAGAUCACAUGAGCUCAAUGAAGUGGUCUGGGUGCCAGGUCCCUCUAGUUUUAACCUUGCAGCUGAAAACAUAGCAGUUUCACUGAGGGUUAAUCCAGCCUCUAGUGGCUGUCUCACUGACAGCCGCUAGAGGCACAUGCGCAUUCGCAGCUGAGGCGGAUCGGGGCGGAGGGAUCCCCAGUGCCAUGGAAGUCCGGCACUGGAGAAAGGUAAGUGCUGAAGGGGUUUUAAACACACACACACUCUCACGAAUAGACGCAUACACACUAGCUAACAGACACACACAUUUACUGACAGAGACACACUCAGCGACAUACAUACAUACACACUCACUGACAGACAGACACACAUACACACUCACUUACAAAACAUACACACUCACUAACAGACAUCAAACAGACUCACUAACAGACACACACAAUAGGACAUUAUCUGUCAUGCUGGGGUUGAUAUAUUAAUUUCAUUUAGGUAAUACUGGUGUAGUACAAUGUCUGUAAAUAUAUAUUUUUCAAGUUGCUAAGGUGGUUAUUAAUUUUGAAUUCCCACUUAAACUAUUUUUCAAACAAUUUUCAUGGUUUGAUGCAAUCAAUUACUUUCUGUUACGUUUUCAAUUCUUGUAACGAUGUUUUGAUGAUUCAUAUCAGAUGGAUGGGAUCCAACAAACAUAAUAACCUCUUUCAGCAAACUCUUCUGGGAAAUACUUUAUAUAUUGUAAUAAAUACAAUAUAGGGUAAAAAAGGGACAAACCAUUUCAUUAUAUUUAUAUAGCUAGCAUGGUCUCUCAUCUGCAGAGACAUUCUAAUCUAAACUCCAUAAAGGAUAACCUUAUUAGCUGGUCUAACGAAAAUCACAUAAUUUUUCUGAAGGUACCCUGGGGAUGGUAGCUUUAAAAGCAAACAUAAAAAUCAAACAAAAAUGUGAGAGACACUUACCUAGAAAGGUUUACAACUUUAUAUACAUUUUAGAUCUUCACUAUGGGUCAGUACCUGCUGUCAAACAUUGGCUCACUUGGCUUAUAAUAUACCUCACAACACUAUGGACAAAUAGUGUGGAUCCUAUAGAGAAACAUGACAGUGAUGCCACUUGCAUCACUGGUGACCCACAAAUGGAUGGGUCUGCCCAGGAAAAAGACUGACUGCCUGUCCAAACAUAAUGGACACAGCCUUGCCUUCUUACAAGCAGGCUGAAGCUUCUGUUAUACAGUCUGGAACAGAGGAAAGGUGCAUAUAGUGAGUGUAGAAGAAAGGGAACAUGCCACAGUGUUAGAGAGACUGAAGCAGCAAGAGCAUUUGCAUAGUGCGCAAAGUCAGCUUUACCUCAGCUAAUUUCAUUGUCAGCCAGUCUACACAAAUUUUGCUACCCUACAUCCCUCUUAAGUUUCCAUACUUAAGCAAGAGCAUGUGAAAAGCUGUAGUAGUAGUUUUUUAAACAAUGGACCUAUUCCAUGGGCAUGGGACUAGAGCUCCAGCUCCAUCAGCCCCUAUGUUAAUCCGGCCCUGAUUAAGAGCCUUGUAAAGAUGCUAUGCAUGGCAUUUUUUAUAAAAAUAUAUAUUUUUUUAAGUUGAAUGUUUUGUUUUUUAAGUUGAAGUUUUUGUGUUAAGUGCAGUUAUGCUAUUUGCUUUUUAAAUUGACUAGAUCAAUAUGUUAAGCUUAUUUAAAAAAAUAAAUUAUAUAUAGAUAGAUAGAUAGAUAGAUAGAUAGAUAGAUAGAUGGAUAUCCAUAGUUUAAAACAUCUAACAUAUAAUAAAAUAAAAAUAUAAUUAAAAAUCCCUAGGUGAAAUAAAUACAAUGGCAUAAUAUCAAAUAUCUUCAAAGUAUUUUGACUGCAAAGUACAUUGAUGUUGCUUUGUGUAAUACUUAUCUAAGACUUAAUGGCCUGUUAUGGAAUGGACAUUUAUACUGUCUAUACUAGUUUUGUCUAAUCCCCUGUUAUCACUGGAAGAGUCAGGUGUUUAUUGACACAUUGGACUAGCCACUGUCAGAUACAUUCACAUUUACAUACAUUUACAUUUAGUGGCUCAAUGUUAACUAAAUGUAUGUGUGCACAUUUAUCCCAGCUAGUGAAGUUUGAUUUUCUCAUCUUCCUGACAUAACUGUUCAUAUGGCCAAUAAGAGGGACAAUGUGUCUCAUGCUGGUCACAUAUAUUGUUAAUUUCAUCAGUUGAGGUCCUGCAAGGAAAUCUUACACUAAUCACUGGGCGAACACAGACAUGAUGUCAUGGGGCCAAUUCUGAGACACAAUGAGAAAUUUAUGUUUUGCCCUUUAAGACUGCAAUUACAUAGUGCUUAGCACUAACGGAAUCCUUCCUAAUGCUUCCUUCAAAGAACUAAAAAUAAAAGUAAAUAAAAUAAAAUACACACAUUUUUAAAUACCAUAAUUUAAUGCUUUAAUACUAUAAAAAAAAACACAAUGUUUUCUAAAGUAAGCUGAUAGCUGAAAACAUAUAGUUGUUAGUUGAGUCUGUUAGUCUGAUAGUACAGUCAAGCAUUGGUGGAAGAAAUGUCCCCCCAAAAUGGACAACUUUGAUAAAAAAAAUUGGUGUUUGGUAUUUCUGAAAUCAGUUCAUGAACAGAUCUUAGAGCAUUUGUCACACUGCUGCAGCACCUAUUAUGAGCAAGAAUGGCUUAACAGAGUAGUGUGUGGGGAUAUUUAUGGGAUAAUAAUAGUAAACAGUGAGAAUUGCCCACUAAUUAAAUUCUCAGAUCCCAAAGAUCGUUAUUGUGUUAAGUGAAAAGUAUUUCAUAUAAAUAAAAUCACAAUUUGUUAUAAAAAUAGAUUUAUUUAUUAUGACCAAUAAUUAAUAAUAAUAUUAUGUAACAUGCGUGACAAUAAUCAAUGAAUAUCCAGUAUAAAAUGGUAUGCAAUACAAAGGAAUGGCUAUACACGUUUCAAUGGCUAAACAGCAUUUUCUGUCAAGACUUACACGAUUUAUGAGGUAUCCUUACAGACAUAGAAAGCGAAGCUUUUCACAGCGAAGAGCCAUAAAACCCUGGCUAACAGUUAGAUCAACUGAAUAACCCUUUCAAUGCUGGCUAGAUCUCCUAGGUAAUUAAGAUCUAUUCUUAUGGAAUUUUAAAUAAAAUAACAUUUAAACCAGUUCAUUAGUCAUUUCCUGGAACCAUCCAAUAAGAGAAUCUACCAUGUUAUAUAAGCAUAAUUUAAUUUGUCUAAAAGAUAUCUUAUCUUAUAUUAGAGCAAAUCAAUACACCUGGAUAAAAACAGCGGUAUGCUAACACGUGAUAAUAUCACAUUAAUAUAUAAUUAUUCUUAAUUCCACCUGCAGAAUGGAAUGUUUAUAACUAUAUAUUCUUUAGUUAACUAAGAUUUCUUAAUAUGGAAAUCUGACCGUGAUUUAUCCAGUCAUAUAUCAUGCUAUUAGUAAAUUUUAAUUAAUUUAAUUAAUUAAAUGAAACCAGUAUAAUUACCAGUUGAGUAGAUAUUUCAUCCGAUUGGUAGAUAGUCUCAGGAACUUAUUUGGAUGUCUGUAGGUGCAUGAGUUAUGGUGAAAGGUGGUGUUGGUUAGAAAGUCAGUAAAAUUCUAAGUGUUAGAGUUUUAAGAGUAGAGUGUUAGUCUCAGAUGUUGUCCUGGGUUUCUCUUCAUGUCCGAGUUGGAGUCCCCAAACUUCCAAUUCCUCUAUCUUUUUCCUUCUCUCAACUCCUGUCUUCCCUUUGUCCUAACUUUUAAAGGGCCAGACUCUCUGUACGUCAUUAGUUGAUAACCCAAUAGAAGCACUGGGGUGUGCUUACCUUCCUUUUGACAAUUUAAGUAUUUGGUCUAUAGAGGGCAGUCUCGUCCCACUAAAUAUACCUAUCCAGGAAAGAGUUAACUUUUCCUGGUGGCUAUUUUGACGUCAUUUUGGCUUAUCUAUAUAUUUGCCAUAACUUACUUUUUCUUUCACUUCAAAGGGUUUUCUCUUAGUUUUGUCCAGACUUAGUGUCCGCAAUUCCUGCUAUAAUUUUUAAUAUGGCAGUUCACGAACUAAGUUUCACCUUAAACUUAUAAUGGGAUCUUGUACAUAUAGAAAGUAGAAUUUUAUUGUUUAAUCUCCUCUGUCACAAAUGUCUGUGUUUAGAUAUGCAUCUAUUCCAUUAACAUUUUAGACAGUCUAUCCAACCCCCGUUCUCCUUAUCACUUGGUUUGUAUAUACUAUGCAUUCCUUUAGCUCUGGGAAAGUGGUUAGUUUUACAGAUAGAAAUCUUGUGUCUUUUGUUCACUUGAAAAUAACAAAAUGGAGUCUGCUCUGUUUAGAGUGACUCAGCAUGUACACUUUUAAUUUCUAUCAUAGCACAAGAUGUCUGCCGAUAUAAAUACCCUGACAAGUGGUGAAUAAAAUUUAGAAGCACUGCACAUUAUAAGUAGACAUGUGCAAUUAGUUUUGUUCCGAAUGUAAAUUCGGAUUAAUUUCAGCAAUUCAUACAUUCGGAUGCUUCCGAAUGUCCAAAUUGCCGAAUUACUGAAAUGCCGAAUUACUGAAAUGGCAAAUUUCAGAAGUGCCGAAUUACCGAAUUGGCGAAGUCCCGAAUUGGUGAAGUGCCGAACCGAAGUGCCCAAGUACCGAAUUGCUGAAGUCCCGAAUUUCGGAAGUGCCAAACUGAAACAAAUUUUUUGCCCUUGCACAUCCCUAAUUAUAAGUAUUUAAAUAAAUGUACGUAGCAUUUACGCCUGUGGUACUUAAAUGUAUGUAUGUAGAAUAUAGCUUUUAAAUGUAUGCUACUACAUUUGUAGAAAAAAUUUAGCUUUUAAAUGUAUGCUACUACAGGCUGGUAGUAGAACUGCAAGAUAUAUAAUUUAAUUUAAGUUCCCUGUGGUUUCUGUAUACCCAAUGAUAUACAUGAGACUAUUAUUUUUAGCAUUUUUCAAUUAAUUUUAUUUGAUUUUUUUUUUAUUCUUUUAAAUCCUGACUUGUCUUUAAAAGGCAUAUUGUGUUGACACACUAAAGCACAACAAAAGGGAAAUUUUCAUUGAUCUCAAAGUAGGAAAAAGUCCUUAUUGUUCUUGGCUGUGGCACUUGAAGUCAACCUUAAAGGAUCACUAUAGGCACCCAGACCAUUUCAGCUCAAUGAAGUGGUCUGGGUGCCAGGUCCCUCCAGUUUGAACCCUGCAGCUGAAAACAUAGCAGUUUCUCUGAAACUGAUAUGUUUCACUGAGGGUUAAUCCAGCCUCUAGUGGCUGUCUCACUGAAAAUCACAGUGAAAAGAUGCUGGACGUCCAUAGGAAAGCAUUGAGUAAUGCUUUCCUAUGGGUGGUUUGAAUGCACGCGCAGCUCUUGCAUUCGCAGCUGACAUCGGCAGACGGAGGAGAGUUCCCCAGCCCCGAGGGAGCCCAGCGCUGGAGAAAGGUAAGUGACUGAAGGGGUCUUAACCCCUUUAGCCCAAUGGGAGGGGUGCCCUGAGGGUGGGGGGGAUGUAAUGACCCUAUAGUGCCAGGAACACUAUAGUGAUCCUUUAAACAGUCCUCUUCUAGCCUAUUGGACCCAAGGGACUUACCGUGUAUUCUUAGACUUUAUUUCGAUUGAAAGCUGACUAGUUAGGUACUGAAAUACCCCAAACGUGGAACAUGACUAUGUGGCAUAGAAAGAAUAAGAUUUUAUUUCUGUAUUUUAUUCCUUCACUGACAGCCAUUACAGCGUCUGGUGAUUUCAUUUGGUGUUUUGAGAACGUUAAAAAAAAUAAUUAUAUACUUGAGAUGUUCAACUUACCAAUCUGCUUAAAAUGCUGUGUUUUUUUUGUAUUAGUUACUGUCAUUGUGCCAACUUCUACAUUGUUUUCUUCUGAGCAUGUCUUCUGAGAAAUUAUUACUGUAUAUUUUGUUUUUCUUAUCAUUCUGACACUUGCAGUGCCUCUCAGGCAUAGUGUUCAAAUCUUUGAAUCUCAAUUUCUAUUUUAUGUGACCCAUUUGUCAACAAAUAUUUUGAUACCAUAAAUGGAGAUGAUUGAUUGUUGUUUUAUUUUCCUUAAGAGGGCAGAUGAUUUUUAAUUCCAUCUAUAUAUCUUUGAUCCAUUUUCUAUUCCACAUGAUGCAUUUAUCAUUAGAUAAGUUGCGAUGUUGAAAAUAGACCAUAUAAACGCUUUUACAAUUCUUAGUCUGUAAAACAAGGUAAAUCUUACUUGUACAGUUCUUCAGUCUCCUGAAGAUGUUCAUUGUAAUUACUUUAUAAAAUCAAUUUAUCUUCCUUAACUGCUUGCUAAAUGUGAAGGUAAUUUUCAUUGUUUCUUUUUUAUUUGAUGUACUGAAAUAUUAAAGCAGAUUUAUUAUAUGUUUUGUGAUAUAACACUAACUUACAAAAUAAACGUAAAUAUGUUUUUACAUAUCACAAACUAGUUUCCAGGUAAUUGCAACACACUCAGCCUUAUUUUAGCCAACUUUGUCUGGAAAUGUUUAGCUUAUUCAAAGCUUUGAUUUAUACAAGUUUUGUUUUUGGGGCGGCGGGGGAACAUUCUAAUACAUUAUGCAACUGUCAAGGAUGAGUACACAGAAGACAGAUGAUGACUGGAUAAAAGUCAAUGUGAUGUUCCUAAAAAAUAACUUUCCUUACUACACAGUGAAUUGUAAUGUUGUUACAUUUGCUGUUUACUUCUUAGGUGCAGUGCUAUUUACGGCAGAACUGCUAGAAGAUAGUAAUAUGUGGCUAGCUGAUAUAAGGAAGGGAAGGACAAAUUAUUUUGAAAAACCCAUUAUUUACCCACUCUAUAUGCAAUGAACAUUGCACUACACAUCUUUAACACAGUAUGUGCAAAGAAAAAGCAGGAAACAAUUUUUCAUUGAUAAGCAUCAUUACGGCUAUCGGUCAUAGGAAUUAUACAGCCACAAAUUGGAGACAUUUAAAGAGCAUAUAAUGAUAUGAACGUAGUCAUUCUAACAAAACUCAUUUUUAAAACAACACUUUAAGCACUAUAACCACUAAAGCACGCUGGGUGGGCAGUAUAUAGAUCGAUGAGAAGUAAUUUCAUAGAUCCAUAGCAAAUUCUUUAGGGAUUUUUUUUUUAAUCUCUUAAAGAAAAUGUUGGAGCUUUCUAAAUACCAAUAAUAGUAUCCUUGUUUACUGGAUCUUUAAAAAAAAUCAAACAACUGCAACUAAAAAAAAAAAAUAUAUAUAUAAUGGCUCCAAAAAAUAUAUUUGCAUUCAUUGAUUGCUUGUGUGUAUGUUAUAAGAAAUUUUAUUUAUUCAUAACACGCGAGAGGUUAUCAUUAAAGGGACACUAUAGUCACCCAGACCACUUCAGCUCAAUGCAGUGGUCUGGGUGCCAGGUCCCUCAGGUUUUAACCCUUCAGAUGUAAACAUAGCAGUUUCAGAGAAACUGCUAUGUUUACAUUGCAGGGUUAAUCCAACUUCUAGUGGCUGUCUUCCUGACAGCCGCUAGAGGCGCAACUGCGACGCUGGAUGCAAAAUUCGCAUCCAGCGUGCAGAACGUCCAUAAGAAAGCAUUGAGAAAUGCUUUCCUAUGGACUAUUUGAAUGUGCGUGCGGCACUUCCUGUGCAUGUGCAUCCUGCUCCGCUCGGGAGCUGACGUCGGCGGGGGAGGAGAGGUCACCAGCUUUGAGGGAGCCCGGUGCUGGAUUAAGGUUAGUGGCUGAAGGGGUUUUAACCCCUUCAGCGCCACGGGAGGUGGGCCCUGAGGGUGGGGGCACCCUUAGGGCAUUAUAGUGUCAGGAAAACGGGUUUGUUUUCCUGACACUAUAGUGAUCCUUUAACCUUAUAUUGUUGUAGAGGAAAGACAAGUCCUUGUAUAAGAAAAAAAAACUGAUUUGUUGUGAGUUUAUAUUAAUGAAAAUGUGAACAAAAUAAGGUUUUACUCACCUAGAAUCCUUGCCUGAUGAAGCUCCAUGCACCCCCUUCCAGGGCUGUGAACCAAUCACAAGCCACAGUACUCAUUGAGAAAUUUUUGGACCGUUUUGCCAGCUCAAAGCGCAUGUACAUGCUCCCAGCUGGCGAGGGAAGAGGAAGGUGGGAGUGGAGAAGAGAGGAAGGGAGGAUUUAAAAAAAAAUGCACAGAGGAUAGCGGAGAAGGAGCAAUGGUGGUGCAAGGGAGGGGAUCUGUCGACAUUGUGCAGUGCAUACUAACGACAGAUACAAAAUAUGAACAGAAUUGACAUGAGGCAGUCCAGAACAGCGUUCUACAACUCUAUAAGAGGGUACAAGCCUGUUUUUUUUUUUUGUAUAUGCUGUUUUGUAUAUUUUGCUUUAUCAGUGUAUAUAUUCACUAUGUGUUUAGGUGUUGGUUGAGGGUAUAUGAGUACUGUACUUUCAAUAAGUUGUGUCUUUUACUCAGUCUGAUAUUCCAGAUAUUUAGCAUUUGUACUUUCCAACCUUAUGGCAAUAUAUUUACAUAACGAAAAUAUGAUUCAUGAAAACUUCUUGAUAACUAAAUUCUUUUGAGUGCGAUAUCAUUCUUGAUAUUUUACAGCCAAAUAAGGACUUGAACAGAGAGCAAACAAGUGCACUGAUCUCAGACCAACUGGCUUCAUUUUCCUUUAGAUCACAAUCUCAGUUAUAGUGGUUUAUUUGGAAAGCAUCCUUGUGGUAAUUAUUACUGUGGGUUUUUCUGAAUUUAGGAACAGGAACCAGAAGUGAGUCUUGAAACACACCGUAAGCCCCCAAGGGGUAAGCCCAAGCCAAAGACUGAAUAUCUAUCUGGCUGCUCAAUCCAUCUGUUCUACUUAUUGUUCUGCUCUAGCUUUACAUCUUUCAUUGAGACUACUUUACAGAAUGUCCAAGCAGGCAAAUCAUACUAAUUGCCAUGUCAGAAAACAAUGUAUAAUACCUUUUAAGAUAAAAAAAAAGAUAUGUUUGUCUGCUCAUUCUUAAAAAAAAGAUUCAUGAUGCUAAAUUCCUAGAUUUUACUAUUAACAUGACUUAAAGUCAUGAUUUUAUUAAAGACACGGAGGCGAGUAUUAUGCUUCUCUUUCUUUAAUUCUCCCUCAGCAGCGAAGAGAGAUAUAUGCAAAAGAGAGAAAAAAGAACAAAUAACAUUAGCAUAUAGACAGUGCUAUCAUAGGUAUCCACCCCCUUAGUAUAUAAGGUGUAGCACUCCAUGCUUAUUCCUCUUUCUUCCGCGAUCCGAAGACCAGAUCCAUAACCGAACUAUAAACUUGGCACGAACAGGAACAGUGGGCGAUAGGUAAAUGUCCAAUCUUUGAGGUUAGACUGUAGCGCCUUGUAUCGGAACUUCAACACCUUGAUAGUAUGAUUCAGGCUAAAAAGAGAGGAGAAAAUAUGGUAAUAUUUGGUUGGUAACUGGUUGUAUCAUGUAUCCCCACGUAGGUUACAUAGUUACAUAGUUACAUAGCUGAAAAGAGACUUGCGUCCAUCAAGUUCAGCCUACCUCACAUUUGUUUUUUGCUGUUGAUCCAAAAGAAGGCAAAAAAAACCAGUUUGAAGCACAAUUUUGCAACAAGCUAGGAAAAAAAUUCCUUCUUGACCCCAGAAUGGCAGUCAGAUUUAUCCUUGGAUCAAGCAGUUAUUACCCUACAUUGAAAGAUUAUAUCCUUGAAUAUUCUGUUCUUGCAAGUAUGCAUCUAGUAGCCGUUUGAACAUCUGUAUGGACUCUGAUAAAACCACUUCCUCAGGCAGAGAAUUCCACAUCCUGAUUGUUCUUACAGUAAAAAAACCUUUCCUUUGCCUUAGACGAAAUCUUCUUUCUUCCAGUCUAAACUCAUGGCCUCGUGUCCUAUGUAAAGUCCGGUUUGUGAAUAGAUUUCCACACAAUGGUUUGUAUUGGCCCCGAAUAUAUUUGUAUAAUGUUAUCAUAUCCCCUCUCAGGCGACGUUUUUCUAAACUAAAUAGGUUUAAAUUUGUUAACCUUUCUUCAUAGCCGAUAUGUUCCAUUCCUUUUAUUAAUUUUGUAGCCCGCCUCUGCACUUUUUCUAGUGCCAUAAUAUCCUUCUUUAGAACAGGUGCCCAAAAUUGCACAGCAUAUUCAAUAUGGGGUCUUACCAGUGAUUUAUAAAGAGGCAAAAUUAUAUUCUCGUCCGAGAAUGAAUGCCCUUUUUCAUGCAUGACAAUACCUUACUGGCCUUGGCCACUGCUGAUUGACAUUGCACAUUGUUGCAUAGUUUGUUGUCUAUAACAAUUCCCAAGUCCUUUUCAUGUGUUGUUAUCCCUAAUUCGCUUCCAUUAAGGGUAUACGUUGCUUGUGUAUUCUUUACGCCGAAGUGCAUAACUUUGCAUUUUUCAACAUUAAAUGUCAUCUGCCAUUUGAGUGCCCAGUCCCCCAGUCUAUCUAAGUCCCUCUGCAGCAAAGUAAUAUCUUGCUCACAUUGUAUUGUUUUACAAAGUUUGGUGUCAUCUGCAAACACUGAAACAUGACUUUCAAUGCGGUCUUCAAGAUCAUUUAUAAACAUGUUAAAUAGAAGGGGUCCCAGAACAGACCCCUGAGGGACACCACUUGCCACCUCUGUCCAGCUUGAAAAUUUACCAUUAAUGACAACUCUUUGUACUCUGUUUUUAAGCCAAUGUUCUACCCAAGAACAAGCAUUUUCAUCUAGACCGAUUUCCUUGAGUUUGAACACUAAUCUAUUGUGUGGAACUGUAUCAAAUGCCUUGGCAAAAUCCAAAUAGAUCACAUCCACGGCAACACCCUGAUCUAUACUUCUACUUACUUCUUCGUAGAACGCAAUCAAGUUAGUUUGACAUGACCUGUGCUUCAUAAAACCAUGCUGAUUUUUGCUGAUAACCAUGUUCUUCUCAAGGAAUUCUUGAAUAUUAUCCCUUAAUAACCUUUCAAAUAUUUUACCAGCCACAGAAGUUAAGCUCACAGGUCUAUAAUUUCCAGGCAAGGAUUUUGAACCCUUUUUGAAUAUAGGAACCACAUCUGCCUUCCUCCAAUCCUCCGGAACACUUCCUGAAAGAAAAGAAUCUUGAAAGAUUAAAAACAGAGGUUCACUUAUUUCUGCACUUAGUUCCUUAAGUACACGUGGAUGGAUACCGUCAGGCCCUGGAGCUUUGUUUAUAUUAACUUUCUUUAGUUGCUGCAGCACCUUGUCUUGAGUUAACCAAUUACAAUUAUUCUGCAAGUUUUUAGUAGCAAUCAUUUGCACAUCUAUUGCCAUGGGUUCUUCCUUAAUAUAUACGGAGGAGAAAUAGUUAUUUAAAAUUCCUGCCUUUUCCUGGUCUUCAUUAAUUAACACCCCCGUUUCAGUUUUUAGUGUACCUACACUUUCAUUUUGUUUUUUUUUAGAAUUUAUGUACUUAAAAAAUGCUUUGGGGUUGGUUUUGCUCUCUUCAGCUAUCAUUAUUUCAUUUUGAAGUUUAGCAAGUCUAAUUGCCUUUUUGCACGCAUUAUUUGCAUCCUUAUAUCUUUUAUAAGAUGCAUCUGAUUUGUCCGAUUUAAAUGCUUUAAAUGCCCUUCUCUUAGUUGUAAUCUCUUGUUUUACUUCUCUACUAAGCCACAUUGGUUUUAAUUUGUUUCUUUUAUAUUUAUUUCCCAACGGUACAUACUGAGAAAUGUACCUUUGUAAUAUUUGUUGGAAAAUGAUCCAUUUAUCCUCAGUGUUCUUUUCACUAAAGAGUUUAUGCCAGUCAAUAUAUUGUAAAGCUUCCCUUAACUUAUUGAAAUUGGCCUUUUUAAAAUUAUAGGUUUUAGUAUUCCCCAUGUGCUUUUGUUUUUUUGAGUUUAUUUCAAAGGACACUAUAUUGUGAUCACUAUUUCCCAAGUGCUCACCUACUUGAAUGUUGGUCAAAAGAUCAACGUUGUUUGUUAAAACCAGGUCCAGACAAGCAUCCAUUCUAGUUGGUGCUUGUACAAGUUGUGACAUGAAGGUGUCAUUUAACAAGUUUAAAAACCUAAUUCCCUUUGCUGAGGCACUAGUCCCUCUGUCCCAAUUUAUAUCCGGGUAAUUAAAAUCUCCAAUAAUUAAAGUGUUACCCAGAUUUGCAGCUUUCUCAAUUUGCUCAAACAGCUGUUGUUCCUCGUCAAUAUUAACAUUAGGUGGUUUAUAACAUAUCCCAACCAAUAGUUGGUUUCCCUUCUUUUCCCCCAAGCAGAUAUUUACCCAUAAAGCUUCCACAUUAUCCUCCUCGCAUUCCAUUUGCUUAACAUUUGGCUUUAAAUCAUGUUUGACAUACAAACAUACCCCACCACCCUUCUUGUUUUUCCUAUCCUUCCUAAAUAACAUGUACCCAUUUAAGUUAGCUGCCCAGUCAUGUGUCUCAUCCCACCAUGUUUCAGUUAUGCCUAUUAUAUCAUAUUGUUUAGUGUAUGCUAAUGCCUCUAGUUCCCCCAUUUUGUUAUUUAGGCUCCUUGCAUUAGUAAGCAUACAUUUAAUAUUAUGCAUCACUUGUAUAUUUUGUGAAUUUUCAACAUUACACAGCUUCUCUGUUCUGAGCUUGCCCCUCCCCCCGUUUCCACCCCCCUUAUACUGUGCUAAAGCCCAUCUCCUUUCUGUCCUAUCUCCAUUUUGUAGAUUGCUAUGACCCUCCCCCCCUACUACUAGUUUAAAAUCUCCUCCAACCUUCUAGCCAUCCUAUCCCCCAGCACUGCAGACCCUCUCCCGUUUAGGUGCAAUCCAUCACCACUAUAAAGGUUGUACCCAAUCGCAAAGUCGGCCCAGUGCUCUAAAAACCCAAAACCCUCCUUCCUGCACCAAGACUUAAGCCACGCAUUGACCUCUCUAAUCUCCCGCUGCCUUUCCACUGUAGCGCGUGGCACAGGUAAUAUCUCAGAGAAUACCACCUUGGAGGUCCUUUUCUUAAGUUUGCUACCUAAUUCCCUGAAAUCAUUCUUUAGGACCUUCCAUCUUCCUCUUACUUUGUCAUUGGUACCAACAUGGACCAUGACCGCUGGGUCAUCCCCAGCCCCUCCCAAUAAUCCAUCCACUCUGUCAGCAACAUGCCGGACCCGAGCACCCGGGAGACAGCAAACUGACCGGUUGAGCCGAUCAGAGCGGCAGAUUGCCCUAUCUGCUCUCCUAAUGAUAGAGGUUAUAACUUAUUUCGUACAAAAUUGUAGUCAUGUCGUCAUAACAUAAGAUAUUAGUUAAGAUUAUGUCUACUUGUAUCACAAAGCCACUUACCUGAGUGACGUAUGAAAAACCUUCUAAUAGGGUAAUUUGUUCGUAGGAGCCCACCCGAUCUGUGGUUGAAAUCCGUGAGAAAUCCAAUCCCUCCACCAGGGCGGGAGGGAAUAAUACUCGCCUCCGUGUCUUUAAUAAAAUCAUGACUUUACGUCAUGUUAAUAGUAAAAUCUAGGAAUUUUAUUAAAGACACGGAGGCUCCUAUUAUGCUCUUUCAAAGCUGAGCAAUAACUCUUUCAGAGAAAUGUUGGAUUGGUUUAAAAUAGAAAUUCCGGAAUGUGGAUUCCGUAGACCAGUCUGCGGCCUCCAGGAUGUCUUCUAAUCGACACCCUACUGUCGAUGCUUUAGAAGCCAUAGCGCCUCUGACCGAGUGGGCCGAAAAAAUUGUAACGUCUAUCCCGGCCGAAGCUAAUAACCAUUUGGCCCAACGGGCGAGAGUAGGUGUAGCUACUGGGAGGUGUGGUUUCUUUAGUGAAAUAAACAAAGGGCCGUUGUUUGAUGGUCUUAGGGAAGAAGUACGGGAUUCGUAUUCUUUUAAGCACAGUAUUGGGCACAGAUUCGGUUGGUUCGGAAGGCGUGGAUAGAAGACUUGCUUAGUUGCUGAUUUUGUUCUCCGUGAAAUAUCAAAAGACACUCCUUCCGGAGUGAACGUGCGGGCUAGCCAGUCCAAGGCCCUUACAUCUGACACUCGUUUACAGGAUAAUAAACAUAAAAUCAUGAGUAAUUUUGCAGACAAUUGUUUAAUUGACAGUGCCGUGUUGUCGGGCCAUUCUUCCAGGAAUUUGAACACUAUGUUGACAUCCCAAAAGGAUCCGUAUCUGGAUUUAGGUGGACGUGAGAAACGUAUACCUUUGAGUAGGCGACAUACCAGGGGGUUCUGUCCGAGAGGAAUUCCGUCCACAGUAUCAUGAGCCGCUGAGAUAGCAGAUCUGUAGAUGUUGACUGUACGGAAUGCCUUGCCCGAUUCGAACAAUUGAGUGAGGAAGUCUAGUACCGUCUUUACAGAAGCUGAUAUGGGAUCCACUUUUUUCACUUUUUCCAGGCACCAAUCGGACCAAGCUCUCCAUGCCGUAGCAUAUGUGCGCCAUGUUCCUGGUGCCCAGGCGUUCGCCAAGAGUUGGGUAGUUGUUCUCGAAAAUUCCGUGAUUUCCCAGGGUCCCCGGAAAGGAGCCAUGCCAUGAGUCGGAGGAUUCCCCGUUCUAUCAGGUCGUGGUUCUCCCCAUCCGGGUUGGUUAACAGGGACGUUUGAUCCGGUAGUAACCGUGGGAAGUCGAUCGCCAUUUCCAGAAGGUGAGGGAACCAGGGUUGAGAUCUCCAGCAUGGUGUUAUCAAGACCAACGUGGUUCUGUAGCGUCGAAUGUACGCCAGAGUCCGAGCAAUCAGGUUGAAUGGGGGAAAGGCGUAUGCUCGUCCCCCGGUCCAGUCCUGAAGGAAAGCAUCUGUUGCCAAGGCCUCCGGGUCCGGUCGCCAGCUGAAAAAUUGAGGAAGUUGCGUGUUCAGUCUGGACGCAAAGAGAUCCACACUCAAGGGACCCCAUAGUCGUGCGAUCCUGGAGAAAACUUUCGGUUGGAGUCUCCAGUCCCCUAAAUCCCUCAGGUAUCGGGAGUUCCAGUCCGCGGUGUAAUUGUCUAGGCCUGGUAUGUGUUCCGCGAUCACCGACACAUUGUUUUGCAAACAGUAAUGCCAGAAGUCUCGAGCCAAAACCGCCAGGAUGCGUGACUUGGUACCUCCUAGAUGGUUUAUGUAUCUGACCGCCGAGAUGUUGUCUAACUUGAGGAGGAUUGAGCAAGAGAUGCCCCUGGGUGUGAGGCUGAGGAUGGCAAAUGAGGCCGCCAGUAGUUCCAGUCAGUUUAUGUGCAGGAAUGAUUCGUUUACUGACCAUCUGCCUCCUGUGGAUAUGGAGCCGCAGCGCACGCCCCAGCCAUAUAAGCUUGCAUCCGACUCUAUUAUCAUAUCUGGAGUGGAACCGAAAAUCGCCCGUCCGUUCCACGCUUCCAUGUGGGUUAACCACCAGUCCAGUUCCUUGGAUUCUUCGUCCAGAGUGAUGUUGGAUUCGUAUGACUGACCGUUCCUUAGGCAAGAUGCUUUCAGGCGUUGUAGCGCCCGAUAGUGGAGUGGUCCCGGGAAGAUCACCUGAAUGGAGGCCGCUAGUAAGCCGAUUACCCGAGCCAGUUGUCUUAGAGAAAUGUCCGGACGAUUCAUUAUCCUCCUGAUCUCCUUUUUGAUGCUGGACAUCUUGUCCAAAGGGAGGCACAGAAUUUGUCGUACAGAGUCGACUCGGAAUCCUAGGAAUUCCAUCUGUUGAGAGGGUUGCAGCACCGAUUUUUCCCAGUUCACCAGGAAACCGAGGUUCUGCAGGAGGUGAAGGGUCCACGACAGGUGCGACAGCAGAAGGGAUCGUGUCCCAGACAGUAUGAGGAUAUCAUCCAGGUAGAUAAUGAGACGAAUUCCGUGUAACCUGAGGAAUGCAACCACUGGUUUCAGCACUUUCGUAAAGCACCAGGGAGCGGAGGAUAGACCGAAAGGAAGGCAGCAGAAGCGCCAUUUCUUUGUGCCCCACUGGAAUUGUAGCAGAUUCCUGUGUGUUGGCGUUAUCGGGAUCGUGAGAUACGCAUCUUGCAGAUCGAGUUUCACCAUCCAAUCUCCUGGGAGAAGGAGGUCUCGGAGGCAGUGUAUGCCCUCUAUUUUGAAAUGCUGAUAUUGGAUGAAGGCAUUGAGGGGUCUUAGGUUGAUAACCGGGCAGACACCCCCGCCUUUCUUCGGCACCAAAAACAGGUUGCUUAGAAAACCUGGGGUAUCUAGAGGGAUUUCCUCUAUGGCAUUUUUGUUGUGAAGGACCUCUAUCUCCGUGGAGAUGAGGUCGCGGUGAGACUGUGGCAUGUGUGGCACACGUGGAAGGGAAUCCUGAAAAGGAAGACCCGUCAGUUCUAGGUGGUAACCCUCUACAGUCUGUAGCACCCAGCUGUCGGACGUGAUAGUGACCCAAGUCUGAGAAAACAAAGCCAAUCUGCCCCCCACAUUUAUAUGGGAAAAAUGAGGAAAUAUUGUACUCACCAUAAGGGCGUUUUCCUGGGGUUGUUCCUCUGCCGCCACGGGUAUUCCAAAAUCUUCCUCAAGAGGGGAAGAAUGGAGUGUAGGAACGUUCCUGGUUUUGCCUCUGUGUGUUGAAGGAGCCUCUGCCCGGUCUGGAGAAACCUCGGGGGUUGCGGCCGGAUAGACGGCUCCUACCUCUACUGGCCCCACCGAAAACCUUUUGGUGGAAGACCCUUUUAAUGGAUGAUUGGGCUUUGUCCAGAGCCGUGAAGGUUUUGACAUAGGAGCCCAGAUCUUUGACGAAGGAUUCGCCGAACAACAGACCCUUAGCCGCAGCCCCUGGUUCAGAGGAGGCCAUGCUAGCCAGCUUGGGCUCAAUUUUCAGCAGGAUAGCCUUCCUGCGUUCCGUUGACAUGGCAGUAUUGGCAUUGCCGAUCAUGCAGACCAAGCGUUGGAGCCAGCCAAACGCCACCUCAAAGUCUAAUGGUGCCUCACCCGACUGAGCUGCUUCCAGCAGUUCAUACAGCUUAGUGACAGGACCCAGGGUGUCUAGGAACUUGUCCUGACAGUUUCGGAAGGAGUAGUCCAGUCCCCUCUUAGAUUUCCAGCCGGUUUUGGCUAGAAACUGGGCUGAGGGUCCACUUCUGGGGUUUUUGCCACAGCAUCAGGAAUUAUGGGUCGGGGGCAUUCUGCUCUCAACUUAUUACGGCCCUCUUGAGAGAGGGACUUACGUACCCUGAGGGCCAGGUAUCGGGCGAUGUGUUCGGAGGGUUCCCACUCAGCAGAGCAUGGGUGCCUUAAGUUGUCAGGGUCAAAUAGCGGAACAUCUUUAGGGUCGCAGGCUGCUUCCGCCCCGGGCGCCCCUGAAUGUGCAGAGGUACGUGUUGGCGUCAAGGGGAACUGUUUUCCCUGGAGGCUUUCACCCUCUGAGAGCUCGUCCUCGUACGGGUCAGAGUACGGGAUGUCUGACCCCUCAUCCCCCUCCUCGUCUGAGUCAGACAGUAUAUCUUGGGUUCUUGCCCGUUUCCAGUCUCUGGUAGCCGUAGCUCGCCCAGAAGCUCUAUUGCGCGGUUGUUGCGCGCCAUCAUGGACAGCCUGAGGCAUGUCAAUCAGAGCAGGGUCAACCUGCAUGGGGGGGGUCUUGUGAAUGUCUGCGUUUGGUUAGCGCUUUGCGUCCUGGUAGCGUCCCUUCAGGAGGGGUAUGGGUAAAGGCAGGGGUAGUGUGAGGUUGGACCUGCUUGAGUGCUUGUGUAAUGGAGUCCGAGAUGGUAGAGGACAUAGCGCCCAUGGCUGAUGAUAUGGCCUUGGAAAUAGAUUUGGACAUGGUGGUGUCUAGAAGGCAUUGGAAUUCUUCCGAGCCCAUGAGCCCAGGGUCAACUUGGGGGUCAGGAUCAGUAAUGGCCAUAGAGGGGCUAAGCUUGCCAGGGAAUUUAUCACCAGAUUGCAUGGUAGAUAAUUGAGUGCAAGUGAGAAAAUAACAAAUAGAAGACAACAAAGUGAAAGGCAGAGUACUAGGAUUGAUUAACCCAGGUACAGGAUGGGAAGGUACAGGGAGAUGGAGGGUAACUCCAAGGUAUAAAGGAUAGAAAUAGACUGUACCCGUCUGGAGAGCUGACAGGAUCGAAAUCCAGAGUGUGAGAGGGACAAAAUCCACGAUACACGGUUUAUAAAAUGGCCGCCGCCUUAACCGGCAACCAGAAACCAAAAAAUGGCUGCCGCGAGCUACCGCGCAUGCGCGUUGCUCGCGAUCAGCGAAACGAGAGUGAAGAGGAAUCGCCGCGCGGACGAAAGUAGGUCCGGCCGGCGGUGCCGCAAAUAGUGCCGGGAAGCACUGCGGGGGUGUCAGACGAGCCCCGCCGGCGAAACCCGGCAGAGUGUGACCGGGAAGGGAGCCCCAACCGGAGGGGGGGCGGGAGGGAGGGAAACAGCCAAUCCCGAAGGGUAAACUGAGGGUACCACGGUCACACUAGGAAAAUGUAAAAGGACACAUCAAGAAAAACAGAUAAUAGAGCAAAAGAAGUGGGAAAAAGAAAAAAGGGGAAUAAACAGUAAAGAAUACCCCAACAGCAGAGAAAAUAACAGAGAUAAAGCAAUACAAUAUAUAUAUAAUAAUAUAAAAUAAUACAAUCCCACAGAGCACACUAUAGAAAUAAGAGGAGAGUGUACUUAUCUUCUGAGGGAGCAGCGAAGAAAGAGGAAGAAGCAUGGAGUGCUACACCUUAUAUACUAAGGGGGUGGAUACCUAUGAUAGCACUGUCUAUAUGCUAAUGUUAUUUGUUCUUUUUUCUCUCUUUUGCAUAUAUCUCUCUUCGCUGCUGAGGGAGAAUUAAAGAAAGAGAAGCAUAAUAGGAGCCUCCAUGUCUUUAAUAAAAUUAAUAGUUCCAUACAAUAAAUAUGAUUCAUAUUAUCAGACAUAUGCUGUAAAUUUUAGAUUGAACAAAAUGCCAAACUAGUUUAUCAGUAUAACUCAACUUUACUUCAUGUAUGAUGAAAGCAGAAGAUAUUGCGGUCAAUUUAUGUGUAAAUUCUACAAUUAUUGUAUUAAAUGUUCUAUCAUUGAACGAUUUGUAGUUACAAGUCUGAUGAAUGCCUGAAUUUAUAAAAUAUAAUUAUUAGAUUUGUGUUUCGAAUUGUAAUUUGUCUGAAUUUUUUUUUUUUGUCAAUCUUUAUUUUUGCAGUGCUUAGAGUUACAAACAAGCUUGAGUUGCCAAAAUAGCAGGUUCAAGCUAAUGAGAAAAUACUGAGUAAGCAGUGUCAUGGCAUUAGUUAAUGGCACAAUUUUUUAGUUAGUUAGUUAGUAGAUUCAGGUUAGGUACAGAAUAAUAUAAUAAGCAUUAUAGGUAUGUCAGUGGUGAGAGAUCAAAAAUGUUUUCAGUACAAGUUAAACAAACUGACUAUAUGAGUGGUCGUAGUAAGAGAUGAUAUCGUGCUUAAAAAAAUAGUGACAUGCUAUUGUAUAAGAUUAUGUCAAGCAAGCUUAAAAAAGAUAUUACAUAGCUGUGCAUACCAUUAAAGAACAAGAGUUAUCAACAUAGGGCGGUGUGCUAUAGCAAAAAUGGUAUUGUAAGAGUUGCCGCCAAGACUAAAUCCCUGAUGUUAGCUGCAUUGCAGAUUAAGUAGUGAAAGCAUCAGUAAAAAGCACAUAAACAUAUCUCUCUGUGAACAGGUAUCAGCAGAUCGUGGCUGAAAAAUAUGCCAAUGUGCCUGGAAGUCAGGCGUCAACCUAUCCCACGGUCAACAAGGCAAGGGCUGUGCCCAUCCUCCCUGAAGCCCUGGGCCGUUGUGAAGACCGGCAUCAUGGGGCCACAAACUCAGGGGCUCUGGCAUGAGGCCUAGUCUUUCCCUGGUGGGGUACGGCAGGAGAUCCCGGGGAUAGAGCGCCGCCAGCGGCAAUGAGUACCCAGCCUAUGUGGUAGAUGCAGGUGGAUUGUAUCCCCUGGGGCCUUCAGCCCAGGCGGGGCAACUACAGAGGGGUUUGUUGCUUGUGGAAGGGUUAUGCCCGGAGAGGGCCCGCUCACCUCCUCUCGGUCUCGACCCUCUUUUCUCUUCCGGUUUUGAGCUGGCAACACCUUGGUGCUUGAAGACAGCUUGGCAAGGAAGCUUUCAAAGAGCUUGUCCACAUUAGUAAGCAGUCGCUUAAAUGCAUCUUGGAUGGUUGUCAUGGGCAGUGUCGAGAUAGACACGUGUAGCUUUUGAGUGUCCACCAUCUUAAGAGAGCCUGCAACACAUUGCUGUGCAAUUUCAGCAGCUCGUAAGUCAAGGGGGGCGACCGGGAUGACCCCCACCGGUCCAGGGGGUGGGGGGUAGCUCGGUAUGUGCUGCACUCUGCCCGCUCAAGAGCUUGGAGAGCGGCCGUCUCUCCACAGUCCCUGCUAAGGUAGGCCGCAAGCCUCGAUGCGGGCAUUUCUUUCCCUGAAGGGGCCCAAGUUUGGUAAUCCCUGAUACACUGGUUCCCCCUUUUCAAGAUGGUCGCCAGUAGCGGUGAGUAGCAGCUAGUGGCUCCAGAAAGUACUUAGUUUUCCGGGUCCCGGUAGAGGAGCACAGACAAUGCACGUCUGGUCCGCUCGAUUGACAGGCUCCGUCCCUCAAUUUGUCAGAAUUUAAGACAAUCAGCUGUUUGGCUGAAUUACUUAACUCCAAAGUGCCAUAUGGAGUUAUGACCAAACAAACAACUAGCAUAAUGGAUGAACAAAUUUGUUUGAUAUGGUAUUUAAUGUUCAGAAAAAAAGAUGAUCGAUUAGCUUGGGGACAGCAGCUAAAUGUUGAUUUUAUUCACAUAUCAUGUGAAAAGUGAACAACAGAGGGAAAAAUCAAAGGACAGUGAAAAAAUCUUGUUUACAGAUUUAAUAAUGGUAUAUAUAUUAAGCAGCUGCAUCAGUAAAAUCAAGGAGAAAAACGGGGGACUGCACUUAAUCAUAAAAAACACAGGGGGCUAAACUGAGCAUGGGUCAGCAUAUUCCAUAAGAACUAGUAUAAAAUAAAAAAUCCCAGGCACUCACUGUGAUAAAUCAAGCAGAUGUCCAAUAACUCUGCUUGAUUUAUCACAGUGAGUGCCUGAGAUUUUUUCUUUUACAACAUUACAACCACUGACAGAUUAACCCCUUAACGCCGUUACGGCGUUCUAUGCCGUCCCGCAUUAAAAGGGCUUUAAAGUCGUUGCGGCGGCAUAGAACGCCGUAAUGGCUGAAGCCCCUGGAGCGCCCGGUAUACUCACCUUACCAGCGCUCCACUUCGGGAGGACUGCCUGACAGCCCAGGCAGCCCUCCCACGGCAAAAGAAGCCCCCAAAGAGCGAUGACAUGGCCCCCUAUAGCUGGCUGUGGAUCUGCCAGCAGGGGGACUGUCUGAAAUGUCAGUCAGUCCCCCUGCUGGUGGGAAAGUAAAAAAAGAAAUUAUUAAACAUAUGUAAAAUUAAAAUAGAAAUGUAUUUAUAUAUGUAAUAUAUGUAUAUAUAUUACAUAUAAUAUAUAUACAUAUUAUAUAUAUGUAACGUCAUACAAAGUGUAUUUUAAUAUUAAUAUAAGUACAUAUAUUAGUAUUAAAAUACACUUAGAAUGACGUUACAUAUAUAUAAUAUAUACAUAUAUUAUAUAUAUAUAAUAGAUAUUUACACAUAUAUUAUAUAUAUACGUAUAAUUACAAUAAUAAAUAAUAAAAUAAUAAAAUAAAUAAAUAAAAUAUUGAAACAAAAUUUAAUUUAAAUUAUAUAUUCAUAUGUAAUUUCAUUCUAACUGUAUUUUGUUAUUAAUAUAUAUAUAUAUAUAUAUAUAUACUGGUAAAAAAAUACACUUAGAAUGACAUUCUAUAUAUAUCUAUCUAUAUAUAAAAUACAAAUAACCGCAAAUAUAUAUUUAUAUAUAUAUAUAUAUAUAUAUAUAUAUAUAUAUAUAUAUAUAUAUAUAUAGAUAAAUACAUAUAAUUACAUAAAAGAUUACAUUAGUAUACACGUAGCAUUUAAAUACCUAUAAAUAGUGAUGUCCCGAACGGUUCGCGAACGGUUCGCCACAGACUCAUCAUUGAGUAAACUUUGACCCUGUACCUCACAGUCAGCAGACACAUUCCAGGCAAUCAGCAGCAGACCCUCCCUCCCAGACCCUCCCACCUCCUGGAUAGCUCACUAAGAAUGCAGCUUCAAAAUGGAUGCUGUCCAGGAGGUGGGAGGGUCUGCUGCUGAUUGGCUGGAAUGUGUCUGCUGACUGUGAGGUACAGGGUCAAAGUUUACUCAAUGAUGAGUCCGUGGCGAACCGUUCGCGAACUGUUCGACGAACCGUUCGGGAUAUCACUACCUAUAAAUGCAUAUAUAUUAAACUUCUACAUGUAUAUUUAAGUAAUCUUUUAACAUAAUUAUGUGAUUUGAUUCAUUAAAAUUUGAUUGACAUGCCUGACAACACAGGGAGAAAGUGCAGAGAAUUUAAUUCGCAAGCACUAUAUUUGACCCUGUAACUCUCCAAGACACCAUAAAACCUGUACAUAGGGGGUACUGUUUUACUCAGGAGACUUCGUUGAACUCAAAUAUUAGUGUUUCAAACUGGUAAAUUGUAUUACAUCGAUGAUAUUUUAAGUAAAAGUUAAGUUUUUUUGCAUUUUUUUUACAAAUGAACUGCACUUUUAUGGACUAUAUUAUUGUUUUGAUAUGGUUUACUCUUUUAAAACACUAAUAUUUGUGUUUAGUGAAGUCUCACGAGAAUAACUGUACCCCCCCAUGUACAGGUUUUAUGGUGUUUUGGAAAGUUAGAGGUUCACAUAUAAGGCUUGCAUUUAAUUUUUUUGACAUUGAAAUUUGCCAGAUUGGUAGCCCAGGAAUGAGAAUUACCCCCAUGAUGGCAUACCGGCAUACCAUUUGCAAAAGUAGACAACCCAAGGUAUUGCAAGUGGGGUAUGUCCAGUCUUUCUUAGUAGCCACUUAGUCACAAACACUGUCCAAAUAUUAGUUUUUUGCUUUUUUCACACAAAAACAAAUGUGAACGCUAACUUUGGCCAGUGUUUGUAACUAAGUGGCUACUAAAAAAGACUAAACAUACCCCACUUUCAAUACCUUGGGUUGUCUACUUUUUCAAAUGGUAUGCCAUUAUGGGGGUAAUUCUCAUUCCUGGGUUACCACACCGUCUCAAAGGUAACAUUACUAAUAGUGAUGUCCCGAACGGUUCGACGAAACGGUUCGCCACAGGCGGCGAACAUAUGACCCUGUACCUCACAGUCAGCAGACACAUUCCAGCCAAUCAGCAGGAGGUGAGAGGGUCUGGGAGGGAGGGUCUGCUGCUGAUUGGCUGGAAUGUGUCUGCUGACUGUGAGGUACAGGGUCAUAUGUUCACCGUCCGUGGCGAACCGUUCGGCGAACUGUUUCGUCGAACCGUUCGGGACAUUACUAAUUACUAAUCUGGCAAAUUUCAAUUUGAAAAUGGAACGUUCUAUAUUUGACCCUGUAACUUUCCAAAACACCAUAAAACCUGUUAAUGGGGGUACUGUUGUACUCAUGAGACAUCGCUGAUUACAAAUAUGUGCAUUUUUUGGCAGUAAAACCUAACAGUAUUAUGACAUUCACAGCUAAAAUGUCAGACGGAAAUACAAAUUUUAUUCAUAUUAAAUGAUGUUCCCUAUAUUAAUAGUUAAUAAUAAAUUAAAGCCCUGUUUCUCCUGAACAAAAUGAUAUAUAAUAAGUGUGGGUGCACUUAAUGUGACAGCAGUGAAUUACGGUUGAAGAGACAUAUAGCGCAAAUUCCAGUAUUUGUUUACGUUUUGUUUUGAUCAGAACGUGCACUAUUGACUCCGUCCUGAAGGGGUUAAAUUAUUAAAGAUUGAUUAUAUUGUUACCAUGGCACCUGUCAUGGGGUGGGAUAUAUUAGGUAGCAAGUGAACAGUCAGUUCUUGAAUUUCAUUUGUUGGAAGCAGGAAAAAUGGGCAAGCGAAUAAAUCUGAGUAUCUUUGACAAGGGCCAAAUAGUGUUGGCUAGACAAUUGGUUCAGAGCAUCUCCAAAAUGGCAAGUCUUGUGGGGUAUUAGUGGUAUGACGUUGUUAGUACCUACCCAAUGUCAAUACCAAGGAAGGACAACUGGAGUCAGGGUUAUGGGCACCCAAGGCUUAUUGAUGCACGUGGGGAGCGAAGGCCAUCCCUGUCUGGUCUGUUCACACAGAAGAGCUAUUGUAGCUCAGAUUGCUUAAAAAUGUAAUGAAAAAAAGAGCAAUCUUCGCUCACGCACAAGAUGCAAAUAGCAAGCGGAUUUAUUGGAGUGAAAAAGUAACAGAGCAACAAUUUGACAUUAUGGAAAGUCCUCGCCAAGAGUGACGAAGACCUUCUAUAGCGUUGAAAUGUUGCUUGAAGAGAUGUAUGCACUAUUGAAAGAAGGCAUGGAGGCUCCACCUCACAUCUUGCAUGACUUAAAGGAUCUGCUGCUAAUGUCUUGGUGCCAGAUACCACAGGACCACAGGAAACAUGACAUGUGUCUUGUGUGGUUUAUGCCUCGACAUAUCAGAACUGGUUUGGCAGUAUGAAAGUUACAUGAUACAUGACAUUAGGUAGGUGGUUUUAAUGUUGUGGCUGAUCAGUGUAAUAUAUAAAUAUAGAUUUUUACCCCUCUAAAUCCUUUUCUCACUUGAUAGCUGAACUAAAUGGUGUGAAAAUGUGCCAAUCAGAAUAAGAAAAUAUAUAGAUAUGUAUUUUUGCACCCUUUUUGAUGUGUCCAAAUGUUUUUCCUGAAUAUUUUUCAUGGCCGAUAUUCAGACAAGCUGGACUAUCAACCAAAUGAGUGACUGAGGUCCUGAACUCAAUUUCAUUUUCAGAAAAAAUUGUUUGAUCAAAAAAGAAUUUCUGCCGUGCUCAAGUCUAAUAAUUGUUAUAUGGAUUUAUUCACUGAUCAUUGAACUCUAGAAAGUUUAUAAUCAAAUUGAAAAAUGAUGGGCUGAAAUGUCUGGUUGAAAGCAUUCUCUAACUAUGCUGUAAUCAAAGAUUGGAUAUUCUAGCCUAUAAUUUACUAUAUGAUUUUCAAUUCACUAUAAUUUAGUGCUUAGUGGAUAAUCACUGUAUUGAUAUAGUGGAUAACACUGUUGUCUUAUUUAUCCUAAAUACUAUUUAGCAAAACAAAAGAGAUCUUUUAAAUACUAUUUAGCAAAACAAAAGAGAUCUUUUAAAUACUAUUUGGCAAAAUAAAAGUGAUUACAUUUUUAUGCAUUUACUAUUUUUUCUGCUUCUCUUUCUAUGUGACACAUCUUUUUCAAACAUCUCUACAAAUACUCCCUUGCAGAGGUGUAAUCUAAAAAGUGUAUCUUUAUUUUGUGUGAGAAGAUGAUGAUCACAGAUAUCACAAUAAGAAAGCAUCGAAUUAGCAGGGAACAGGCAUGAGAUACAACUUCAUAUAUUUUUCCCACCCCUUAUCCGCUCUCUUUCUUCUCAUCCCUCCCUACCACCUCCUACCCCCGUCCUAUCUCCCCCUGUCACUAUCUCUACUACAAAUACCCACACUCUGUCCUCCCUUAUAGUGUUAAGGAUAUAUACAGUAUCCCCUCCAAUGCAUCAGGUCAGAUUUAAGCAUCUUUAGCAGGGGUAGGAAAUUAUUCUGUUACAACAGACUCAGGUCACUUGAUAACCACAUCCAUAGAUACUAACUGUGUGGUUUGGGCGCCGCAUGGAGGUGCAACCGCGGCAGUUUCAUAAGAUUCCAUCAGGCACCAAGGUCAUAUAUGACCAAUGACCGUCUGUCACAGGAGCGCACCCCAACCCACCCCCAGUAUUAUGGACCACCUUUCGACACUGGAGUGGCACAAUACAAGUGCAAUCUUCCAAUGCUCUUACAGUAAACACCUGAGUUCACCCCCAACAGGCCAGAGCCAACACUUUCACAAAAAAGGUAUAGAAAUCCAGAGAUUAACUGGCAAAACCUGCAGGGCCUUUAUCGACCUCAUGGCAAACUGUGCCACACCUCACAACUUGGGCAAUUUCCAACUAGCACAUAACAUCAAUAUUGUAGCAUAUAAACAUACCAGAAAUCAUAAAAAGAAAGCAUACCGGUAAUCACAGUAAAUCGGCAUAUUUCCUGCUCAGACAGCAGCCCAGUCUAGUGGCAUAUUAUCUGGUGCAUUCAGACUCAGCAGUUUUCUUUUUUAAUAGGGCUACAAGCAUGUCUGCCACAGAUUCACCUUUUGACUCAGGUAGGCCCUGUAUUCUCACAUUGUUUCUAUUAUCAAGAUGUUUUACUUGUCUGCAGAGAUCAAGAAUCAUGUUGCCUGAUGUGGGCCCAGGGUCUGGAGCCUCUCAUUCCAAACCAUUUCUCUGGUUCUGUGCUUAUUAUUUAGGGCAAAAAGGUUUAGAGUUUUGGAGCUCCUCACUUACACGUCUUGCUCCAUGAGUCAGCCCCCAUACAUUUAUUUUAUACCCUUCUCUUCUGUGAAAUCUUCUACAAAACAUUAUGUUAUAAAAGCUUCACAGACUCUAAAACCAAGAGAUUAACAUACCCAUAUGAUAUGGGUACAAUUUCAUUUUAUAUACCAGUGGGUGAUGAUCUUUGAAUCCUGUAUUUGAGAGCAAUAGUUACAUAUCUGACAGUUACAUAUAGUUACAUAUCUGACAGUUCAAUGUUCUGCUAUAUUACCUUGUUCUCUUGGUUCUAGAAUCUAUAUAUACAUUAUGUUAUAAAUAAGUUUUAUAUAUAUAUAUAUAUAUAUAUAAAUAUAUACACACACACACCUUAGUCAUAUGGAAAAUACCCAUCAUAGUGAUGCUGACUCAGUGUAUUUGAUAUUAGUAUAGAAUUAUUGCUGGUUUCCCAUCUGAAUAUUGUGAAAUGUAGUACUUGAUGUAUGUUUUCCUAUAUGUAAUACAGAUAAUUGGAAUGAAUGUACAUUAUUCAUCAUUAUUGAUGUCCCGAACGGUUCGCCACGGACGGCGAACAUAUGACCCUGUACCUCACAGUCAGCAGACACAUUCCAGCCAAUCAGCAGCAGACCCUCCCUCCCAGACCCUCUCACCUCCUGGACAGCUCACUAAGAAUGCAGCUUCAAAAUGGAUGCUGUCCAGGACGUGGGAGGGUCUGGGAGGGAGGGUCUGCUGCUGAUUGGCUGGAAUGUGUCUGCUGACUGUGAGGUACAGGGUCAUAUGUUCGCCGUCCGCGGCGAACCGUUCGGGACAUCACUAUUCAUCAUGCAUGUUAGGAUUUCAUUUUAUUAAUGUUCAUAUUUCAAGAAAUUUAUAUCAAGCGUUUGACCUAUGAAUUCAAUUAUUUGAUAUUUGGACGUAUUUCAUAUUACUUCAUUUCCUAUUUUCAUAAGGCCUAAUUAUGGAAUAGCAUAUGUGUAAAUAAAAUAGGGUUGCAGUCUAAUAUACCAUAACCUAACAUGUGUUGUAAUAUAAUAAAACAAGAAUACAAUAUUUUAUCCUCACCUUUAUUUAUGUGGAUAGUGAUUGGAAUUAUGUCCCUGCUUAGAUGGGACACAGAUGUCCUUUGUGCUGUUUAAUUCAUGCAGUCAAUAGCUAAAAUGUAAAAUGAAUCCAAAAGCUGGUGUUGCAUAUAUAUUUUUAGAUUAGAAAUCAAGUAUGAGUGUUCCUUUGGGAAUACAUUUUUAUUUAUUCAAGUGUGAUGGAUUUACCUAGACUACUGCAGAAUGUAUGUAGAUAAGAUUACAAAUGCCCUUGGUUCCAAUCAUGAGGUUGGUUUAAAACAUCCUGAACAUUUUAAUUACCUAGUUGUCAAUAGCUUGACCAUGAUUUAACAUUUAACCUCUUGUUUCUCCAUUUAAUGUAAUCUUCCCCUUUUUCUUUCUUUCCUGAAGGAUGCUCUUUUGAUGAAGAGCAGAAAAAGGUACCAUGAAGAUGGGAAUAUUUUCUCUGGGGAAUGAGGAAAACCAAACAGAGGAUCUUAAAAAUGAAAUUAACACCUGGAUGUAUUUCCCUGAACAUACCACACCAUAUAACGAUAUAUCUAAGCCUGAAUUGAAUGACCUUACAAAGCUGUUAGGUGUGCAAGUGAUUCUCAUCUUGGCUUACAGUUCCAUUAUUCUUCUGGGAGUAAUGGGCAAUACGCUUGUCAUCUAUGUAGUCAUCAAGUUUAAAACUAUGAGGACCGUGACAAACUAUUUCAUAGUCAACUUGGCUGUUUCUGACUUAAUGGUAAAUACACUAUGCCUACCGUUCACACUGGUGUACACUCUUCUGGAUGAAUGGAAGUUUGGAACAGUACUGUGCCAUUUGGUUACAUAUGCCCAAGGGCUAGCAGUUCAUGUUUCCACAGUUACGCUUAUGGUUAUUGCUUUGGAUAGACAUCGGUGCAUUGUAUACCAUCUUGAGAGUAAAAUCUCAACAAAAAUUUGCUUUAUGAUUAUAGGCAUCACCUGGGCCUGCAGUGCGUUGCUAGCUAGCCCACUGGCAAUCUUUAAAGAAUACUCCCUUAUUGUUAUCUCAUCUGAUUUUAAAAUUCAAGUAUGUUCCGAGAGAUGGCCAAUAGGACACCUUAACUAUAGCACCAUAUACAGCAUAUCAAUGUUGCUGAUUCAGUAUAUUUUACCACUAGCCAUAAUUUGUUAUGCAUACAUCCGGAUAUGGACAAAAUUAAAGAACCAUGUUAGCCCAGGUGGAGGAAAUGACCAUUAUCAUCAACGGCGACGCAAAACAACCAAGAUGUUGGUGGCUGUUGUAGUAGUGUUUGCUGUCAGUUGGCUCCCUUUUCAUGCCUUUCAGCUAGCAAGUGACAUUGAUAGCAAAGUUUUGGACCUAAACGAAUAUAAAUUUAUUUACACAAUAUUUCAUGUUAUUGCAAUGUGCUCCACCUUUGCCAACCCUAUACUAUAUGGAUGGAUGAAUAACAAUUACAGAACUGCAUUUCUAACAGCUUUCAAAUGUGAGCAAAGGAUGGACUCUAUACAUCCUGAAGUCUCUGUAGCCUUUCAAAUGAAGAAGAAACAGCUAGAGGUUAAAGAAGUUAAUGGUAGUGGUGACACCUGUCAGGACACCUGUAUACAGCCUACUAAUGUUUAAUAAAAUAUGUGAUACUCCAACUCAAUUGGUUCUUGCUAUUGUUGUGGCUGAUAUAGUAGGUGUAUAUAGCUCUGCUGCUGUGGGCUGCUGUCCUACAACUGGAUGUCAUGGCAAUACACAAAAAUGAUGAAGAUACAAGCCAGGAACAUGUGUUCACAAAACACAGCAGUAGGGGAAAGGCUUACUUAAAUGGUAAUGGUUAAUUACCAUACAGCCAAUUGAAAGGAAGAAAACAAAAGUUGGGAAAACUACAUCUACAAAUUAUCACCUAUUAAGAGCAAGUUAGCGUUUUGGUUUUACUAGUAAUGAGAUUAACUAUUUAAGUCAAUCCACUACAGGGUGAAACAUGUCAGCUGACCAAAUUUUGAAUACACAACCAUGACACAAACAAAAAAACAAACACAUUUUUAACUCAGCCUGCCCUUUGCUCCUCUGUCUGGUAAAAUGGUGUGUUCCUUGUGAUAUCUUCUUUUUCUUCAAUAAUAUCUGAAGAUCUAUGUUCUGUUGAUUAACAAGGACUAAUGAAGAUCCACAACAUUAAGGUGGAUUAGAAAAGAAGACAUUUGUACUGUUACAGUUUGAAGUGCAAAUAAUUAAUUAGACAAGCGCUAAGACUUCAAGAGAUUCCUCUUAAGACGUCACUUGUAAUCCACAAAGGUGUCUGGAAUAAAAUAUUCUCUCUAGCUUCAUACUUUGGAAGGAUUAUUUGAGAUGAAAAUUGCAUGGGAAUGCCAAAGAACAAAUGCAAAAUAUAUUCUGUGGGAUGCAUUAGAGGAACCAUAACAUAAAAUGCUGGUAGUAUAUACAGAUGACAGACAAAACCAUUGACAUUUACAGUAUUUUGUAAUUUGCAGAAAUUCGGGUCAAGACAGCAAACCCCUCAACCCCAUCUCCGCCUAGCUCUUUUGUUAGAUUCCCCAUGACCCUCAUUUAAUCUCUUAUUGCAAGAGGAUUAAGUAAAUAGGUCUGACAAAAUGGAGUGCUGCAUUUGCCAAGCUCUGAGAUGUGUGCAAAUAUGUGGGUUAUUUAGUGAGAAUAUAGCUAUGUUGACCUAUUUAAAUAUAUAUAGGCUUAUGAUAUAUGCAUCGUAUGUAUGUGUGUGGAUGUGUGUGUGUAUAUGUUUAUGUGUGCAAAUUGUAUUCAUAAUGUGGCUAUGCUACUGUAUAUAAAAUGGUAUUAUUUCAACUUGUUUACAUGUAUUUUCUUAAGAACAUGCAUGCACUAAGAAAUAUAAUUAUAUUUUUCCAUGUUAUUAUUUAAUCUAUAAUUAGCUGAAGGUGGGAGUUGCCUGAUGCAAUAUUUAUGCAGGUGGGAUUACUUGCAUGUGUCGCCAAAGUCAGAUUCCUCAGUGCCAAAUUUCUUUCAAAUGUAUUUUUACCUUUAAGUUACAUUGUUUGCUAUUCUGUAGACGCUGGGCAUACUGCUUAGUGUGCCAUUUUGUAAAAUAACUGUAAAAAUAUCUUAUUUCAAUUAUUAAUUUCUGCUUAAAUGCUAUUCCCUGAGGCAAGAUAGACUUGCUAAAUACAGAGCAAUGUGCUAUUUAAAUUUCAUGAACUAAAUAAAUAGGAAUGACACAAAAAGUAUAGUUGCACACAAUGCCUAGAACGGCAGUUGAUUUUUUUGUUUUUGCCUGAUAAGGCAUUUUUAGGCCUGCAUUGCAUAUUUGUAUUAUAGAUGAAAUAACUAUAAUGCUUUAAUAUUAUAGAUUAAACGCUCUUUAUAUGUAGACAACAGAAACACCAAGGAAAGUAAACCAGAACAUUUAUGCAUUGUAAUACUUUUGUCAAUGCUAGAAAAAAAACAAAACAGAAAAAAAAAACACCAGGAAUUGUGAACUGUGAAAAGGGUCACUGUGGUAAGAUUUCUUCAUGUGUAAAACUUUAUUUUAUUUGGAAUUGUCUAUGGCUUGUGCAAGUGGAAUUCUUAGUAUUCGUCUUUAGAGAACUGGG